CUCCUCCUCCUCCUCAGCUCCGGACAGGCUCAUGGAGCGCACCGAGACAGACGCGUGAAGGAUGAAUGAACUUUAAAUCUGCCUCACAACUUUCACCGUCUCUCCCUCUCUCUGUGUGUCUCAUUUUCGCCCCCCAGUCUCCUCUUUUUCCAUCCUCCGCUGCUCUCUGCCCCAUACGCUGAAAGAGAUCUCGAGAAUGGAUUUACUGCGAUUUCCAUCCUGCUGUCAAUGAGCAGAUCUCCGGUCUUUUUGCGGAUGCUCGUUAGCGGCAGUGGUCGAGAUGAUGGCAUCAAUAGGGGAAUUCGACCCUCUCAACACCAGAGUCCCUGCAACUAAAAUAGAAGUUACAGUGUCCUGCCGGUAAGAGCAAACUCUCAUACAUGUACCUGUAGAAAUAUGACAGUUUCAACCAGAUUAAAAGUCCGCCUGGUGUGAUUUUCAGUCUUUUGGAGCAAGUUUAGGUGAUGUGACGAUUGUCCGGAGUUAUUCUGUCCUAUUCAAGUAUCUUCUGCUGAUGUUAUUCCCUCGUUUAUCUGUAUAUUUCAAUCACAUCUAAAAAUAAACCUCAUUUUUUUUGCAGCGUUUUAGAUAUUUGAAACGUUUUGGGAAUACAAUACGAAAUUAUCUAUCUAUCUAUCUAUCUAUCUAUCUAUCUAUCUAUGGUCUAGUCCUUCGUGUAUGACCUUUUACUGUGUGAUGUUUGCUUUCAGGUUGAUCCCAUUAGCUGCCUCUCAUAUGAAUCCGAUCAAUUAUGAUUCUCUAGAGUCUCUUCAUUAGAUCCAGUCAAUGACUCAGUUUAUAAAUAUUGAUUUUUCGUCAUUAUAAAUGCUAAACUAUGGAGGGCACUGAAAAUCAAGUUUCAAGGUGUCUGUGAAUAAUGUAAAAAUUACUAAUACUCAGGAAUUCAUGAUCAAUAUUGGUUUUAAAUCCCCAGAAUAAAUCGUCACCCACAUGCUCCAGCAUUUACUGUUAAGUGAUGGGUUGUCUCAUAGCUGAACGGUUUGCUGCCUGUCUUACCGCCUGCCUGGAUGCUGAGCUGACUGACAGAGCAGUGAAACCCAGUCAGGGUUUUCCAGACUGUCAGCCUGCCUGGAGGUGCGCUGACUGUCUUUUCCGUCCAUUCCUGAAUAAUAAAUGUCCAGUGCAGCUGUGUGGUCCCUCCUGAGAUGAGCCCGGCUUGAGGUGUCCAGACACCUGAGUGAGACAGCCUAAACCGAAGGAGGGAGGGGAGGGGGAGCUCAGGGGGGAGGUCUUUGUGAUUUUAUCUCCCCACAAAAGAUGUGGAAAAGCUGGAACCAAAAUCUAAGACCUCAUUUGACAUUUAAUCAUGGUUUUUUACAAAAUAGUGUGAUUAGAGAUAAACCAAUUUUCCCCACAUCCAGACUUCAGUGACACCAGGAUAAUUGCGACGAUUUUGGGGUUGAUUCCCCCCGUCUGACAAAAGUCAGCAAAGGUCAGAUCAUCUGAUGGUUCUGAAGAUUAACUCACCAGAUCUUCAGCGUGCGGUGUGUUUUUACUGUGAUUUGCUCAGGAGAUGAUCAGUCACCUAGAUUUAAGAUUGUACAUUUUACAAAAAGUCCAAAAUGUUUGAUAUGAAGUUGAGGUUUUAACAGGUUUCCAGUUUGAACUGUGGAUUCUGGUUGUUGGUGACCGGUAGAAAUAAACAGAUAAGGUCCUUUUUUUUCCAAAUUUGUGAUGAAAAGGAUUUAAAGUGUUGAAACUUCUGACUCUGCAAACACAGCAACAUCUGGUGGCUCGUAAAACUAACGACAGCCCUGAAAAUGGAAUUACUGCAUAUUUAAGAGUUUUGUUGAUGAAUGAUUAAGAUCACAUCUCUCCUCUCCUCAUCACUUGGAUUGUGGUGUUUUUUCGAGACACACCUUGCAAACAUUUGUGUUGUUGCUACAAAUCAACAUGUUAGUCUUCCAUCUCUGAUGUCCAUCCUCAGGUUUACGUCUUUUACGGCAGUGUUUGUUUCCUCCUUCCUCCAGAGUCCAUGCUCAGCUGUCUUCAGCUGUCAACUCUAUACCAAAUUGUUUCCAAUUAUAAAAUUGGAAACAUGAUUGUCUUUAAUACAGAGGUAAAUAAAAUCACUCAUAACAAACUUUACAUUGGCAAAACCAGACAAGGCAAUAUUUAAAACCUUAAAAUAUUUGGACUUUUCUAAAACAGAGUAUGAAAGUUCAUUUGUAUAAAACAAACUUUGACUGUUGGCCUCACAACAACUUCAUAAUUAAAAUUUUAAUUGUUUUAUAUGGUUGUUUUUAGUUGUGAUAAUGUGCAGCACAAAACUCCUGCUUUCAUUGUCUAAUUUUAAUAGUCUAAUUAUGUGAAGGGAUUAUUAUAAAGCUUCCCAUGAGAGUGACUGAGCGCACAAAUGCACAAAAAUGAGGCAAAACUCUAACCACCAGCCCACAUGAGUUUAUUAAACAGUAAAAACUAAACUCCUGUGCAGCAAGAUUUACUGUUCAGACCCUGUAGUAGAGGGUAUAAUUAAAAAAAGACUAUAAAAUAUUACUAAACUAAGAAGUAAACUGUGGAAAACAAAGAAAUGACUUGGGUCAUCAUAAAGCUCCUCUGCACUCUCAACCAGCAUUGAGGGACCUCCAGCCUCCUGAUUGGGUCCAACCAAAAGACACUUAACCCAACAAAUUUACCGUCUUGGAACGGAAUCACAACAUUUUGAAAUAAUAUUAAGAAUACAUUUAAAUAAACUGAAGAAAGAGAUUAUUGAAAGAGAAACAAGAAAAUGCAUUCUUCAAUGUGGUAACACAAACCCCCCUCCACACCUGUUGGGAGUGGUACCUUCCACCAGGAACAGCUCUAUCUAAACCAAUGACCUGCUGUCAAACUGUUUGGCAGUUCCUGGUGUCAGUAUUGGAUUAAAACAAAAGCAGAGGAGAAAACAGGUGAACAAACGUCCAAUUUAUCAAAAAUGGUGACAUCUAGUAGCUUUACUAAUGGUUUUAGUUCUUUUGGGGGGUUCAUAUCUUUUAGCUUUCGCACUGUUACUGAUUUGUGUCAAGUGUCAGUCACAACAUUAAAUCAGCUGAUUACUUGCAGUUAGUAACUUUUGGGUAUCACACACUUUAACUGUGAAGCGGAAGGAAACAUUUUGUCCAUAUUUUCUCACUGGUAGCAGAAAAAAGUGUAUUAGAGUACCUUUUUGUACUGCUGACUCUUGAUACGGAACCGUUAUAUUGCACUUUUUCCAACUGUGAAACUUUUAAGGCAAACUGAGAGGGUUACUUUAAAACCAUGAUCGAAGCAACCAACAAACUACCAACUCCUGCCCUCCUGUUGUUUGUAUGUAUCCUGUAUUUGUGCAUGUUCAGAAGUUCCCAUUUGAUCUGAAGGAUUUAACUAACGUCCUACCCCGGCAGCCUAUCACUGUGUCUCUGAUUUGUUGCUCUGUUUGGUUGUGCAUGUAGGUGACCAUACAACUUGGAAACUGAAACUCAAAGGUGCAGUGUGUUAGCUAGUAGCAUUUCACAGAAGUGGAUAUUCAGAGACAUGUUUAAAUUUGUGUUUUAUCACCAUAUCAUAACAGAAAUUAGAUAGAUAAAGAAGUCAGAGGUUGUUGUGUACAAGGAAAUUUGAUAUCAUGCAUAUCAGGAGCUUCUUGUCCUUGAAGGCUGCUGUUGCUUUAUUGAAAGGAUGAGUGGGCAUGAGAGCUUUUUAAUAUAGAAUUUGGGUAUUACUGUAUUUUCUAGUUUCUAAAUACUGUAAUUUAAGCUCCUUUCACAUUUUCACCGUACCUCUGAAAAAAUCCAGAAAUUUUUCAGGUGGCAGCAUUUUGUGAAAGCAAAUGACCAAAUUAAAUGCACUCUUGCAAAGGGGAUGCAGAGACAUUCUCAGGCAUGUUGUAGUCAUCUUAAAACCCCUGCUUCUUUUUUUACCCAGUCUCACCCUUGUAUUAACAAGUCCAGACUUGAGGUUGGGGAAAGUCUGAACAAUGUCAGUUGUUCACACUGUAUGUAAAAGAGGCUUCAGCAGGGGGUUGAUGUCAGGUUUGGGGACUUUUUGCUUCGGAAACAAAAUGUUCUCCCUUCAUUUCACUGGAUCCUGAAGCGAAGGAUUAUUAAAACUUUCCUGAAUUUUCCCAGACGGAUGUACCUGGGCCAUAUCUUUUCAUUUGUUUUGCUAGCUGUUAAUGCUGAAAGUGUAGGUUCAUUUCUGUAACAUGAAAAAACAAUUCCAUUUUAACCUUCACCUCUGCUGUUUCCACAGGAGCCUGCUGGAUGUGGAUACCUUCUCCAAGUCAGACCCUGGUAUGUUUUUUAUUCUCUAAAAUUUACAGUUACUUUAUUCUUUGCCAGUUUUGAUUCUUAACUAAGUUUCCUUUCAGUUUUUGUACGCUGUAUUCACACACUGGGAAAAAAGCAGGAUUGUUUCUGCAUGUUGUUUCUGCUUUAGUUUUCUUUCCAACACAAAAAAGCAGUAAGACUAAAUGAAUUGUGCUCUUGUCAGGCUUUUUCUCUGUUUAAUAACUUGGAAGGUCAGAGCUCUCAAUAGGUGGUGGAUAAAAAGAAGAGUGAGGAGGUAAACUAAAAUACAAGGACAGACUUGGAGGGAGUGAAAAGUCAGUGUUAGAAAAAGGUCAGGUUGUGUAGCUGGCUGAGUUUCAGGAUGUCAGGCGAAAAAAUGACAAAGGGAACUGCAGAUACCUGUCCAGGAGCUGCAGUAUAUUUUAACAACCUGUGGCCUACACAGGGGUGGUUGUUCUGUUUUUGAACUGAAGGAGGGUAAGGGUGUUACUUGCAUGCAAGACUGUAGAGCUAGGGAUUAUGUUUAGGAAGGUAAUGUAUCACAGCUGUGUUUGUUUCCAACUGAAUCUGUACCUAUACUACCUAUAAUACGAACAAACUUAGGAAUUUUAUUCAUAUAUAUUUAGAGGUAUAGAUGCUUUUUUUUUUCCUCCUAAAAUUGCUAAAAGUAAAAAAAAGGGAGGUGUGAGUAGCGCUGAUUGAGUCACAUAUACUCAAUCAAAUUAGCAGUUUAGUGUCUGAAACGUCUGGGCAGACAAUAGAGAAAACAAAGUGGUCAAAUAAAUUAUGGGGGUGUUAUUUUUUAUCAUUUGACAGCAGCUACAGAGUAAAACAAAUGGCUUCCAUGCCCAUUUGCUAUUCUGUGUUUAAAACAGCCAUCAUCAGUGCCGGUAGGUCUGUGCAUUUUUCUUAGCUGAGAGCUAAUGUAGCAUGGAGAGAGCGCUCAACAGAGGCACAGCAGUCUGGAGAUAUUUCACACUCGUUUUACCAACGACGUGCUGCAUGCAAAGCUCGUGUUUGGGAGUCUUGUAUGAGAUAUAGAUGUUACAUUCAAACCUCCUGAAGACAGACAGAGAGCAGAGGAGGGCGGCGGGUGAUGUCAGCUGGUCCCCAUGUGUUAUCCAUUAGUCCUGACCUGCACACUGUUGACAGGGAGCUUCACAACACUGCACAAUGACUGAUGGCCAUGAAAUGACUACAUUGGUGGGAAAAUGAGAAAAUACAGACAGAGAGCACAUACACUCACCACUACACGCCUCAGCAGGAUUAAUGAAUGAGGGAAUCUUAAAUUUGGCCGUUCAGUUUUGUCAGGAAAAAUCUGUUUUUUUUCCCCUUUAUUUACUUCUAACAGUAUGAGUGUUGGUCUGUGUUCAGUGAUGUUUCCUGCACCAUUACUGUGUGCAGCUUGCAAAUCCAUUUUAAGAUUGAUAUUGGAUAUACAUUCUGGGUGUCCAGGAGUGCUUCAGUAUUGAAAUGGGUAUUUAUAAUGUUCGAUUUCUGCUAGUAUUGUUUCAAAGUACAUUAUUCUUAUCUCAGGGCAUUGCAAUUAUAGAACCCUGACAAUGAAUAUUGAAUUUACCUUCUGGGAUCAAUAAAGUUCUUCUUAUCCUAUGAUAAACACCAGAAUAGAAAGGAAUAUCCCUCUUGGGUCCUGUAUGUGCCACAUCCAAUGACACAAUAAAAAAAACUAUGCAGUCAAAUGAAGAGUUACAUUCAUCUACUGUCACUGUAUUUUAGUUAGAUGUUGAAAGUGAGAUGAAGGGCAUCUAAAAAUGACAAUUUGCAAACAUAAAAGGUUAUUUUUGUUCCAAUUUGCACAAAUCCUGGAAUUAAUGUCUGAAAAAUGUUUCCCCAUUGACAGUCUGAUGAAGUUUGGGUGUAGUGUUAGCUACUCGAUUCAGAGAUUUUCAAAUGACAGAACCAUGAGGAAGAAAGUUCUGCAGGGAUGCGUCAGAGAAGAAGGUUUGGAGGUGAGACAGCUGACACUGUUAAACAAACCCUGCGACUUUGCUGAACAGUGUGAGCUCAGGUAAACAGCCUGAUGUGCCUGUGGGACUGGGUGGAAGCUGAUAGAGUUUCAGGCUGACGUUUUGGAUGGAGAAUGCAUCACGUUAUCAUUUUCCGGAGAAGAACAAAUCAAACAGGUGUGACUGUCUGCAGGAGUCUGUUCCUGCCGAUAAAUAACACUCAUUCUUUAUCCUGUUUUUUCACAUUUCUUUUGUUUUUAUGGUGUAAGCUUCGCCCCUGUACACAACAAUCAUUUGAUAGAUAAUGCUGCACUGAUGCAACAUCUGGCAGAUGAUUAGCAUCUGGUGUAUAGUUAUUAUGAAACAGUGGGGAUUAAAUGUGCUGCUAUUACUCAAACCACUUUAUUAAAACCAAUCUCUGAAUAGUUGUAGUGACAUGGAUAUAUUCCCCUGCUGUGUGCGUUUACUUACUUAUAACACACCUCAAUUCAAAGUGAGUUAGAUGAAAAGCCUUUGAUAAUUUUUGAGUCUAGACCACAUAAUGCGGAUGAUUCGCUGUAAUGCUGUGGAUAAUUGUCUCCUCUGUGGGGAACAGUCUGUGUGGUCACCUCACAGAUAAGUAGCAAAUCUUUCUCAGUGGAAAGAAAUGACAAAAUAAAACAUGCAGAGAGCAGAGCAGGAAGGUAAUCAGACAGUUGAGAGGAACAACGUGAUAAACACAAUGAUAUAACGGUAUAAGCAGAGGUGGUAAGUGGGAAAGAAGAUGUCAGUGCAGUGCUUCAGUUACUCACCAGAAACCUGAACCAGUCAGAUUUUAUGCAGGGCUCUGAAUUCAGAAGUGAAACUGUCACAAAUUCAGCCUCUCAGUUUCUAACCUCACUGUCCAUGUAGUGAUCGGAGUGUAGGGGGCAAUGCACUUACUGGCUGCUUCAGUACUGUCUAUGAAUGCAGAGAACUUGGCGAGCCCUCCAGGAGAACUGGCACCAGUACACUACACAUGUACUCCAGACUCUGAACCUAACCUUGAAGUGUAACAGCUGUGAUUAUAACACUGUGUCUCUGAGUGGUGUUUUGACAUUUAAGGGUUUGUCUCACUUCAUGUGGUUGGCCUGUGUUGUUAAAGUAGACUGAGGAUGUUUGCUUGCUGCAAUAAAGCAGUGGACUUGGCUGAAUUUAACCUCAUUCAUUUUGAAUUUGAAAAACUAAAGAAAAAGAACAACAGCUUCCAGAGGAAGAAGAACUAUGCAAGGAGUGAGAGAAUUUUUGACUGGGGUAGCCCAACUAGCACAGCACUCCUCCAGCAAUCCCUAUGGAGCUGUGGAUAGACUUUAGAAAUUAAUUACACAGAAUAUAAAUUUUUAUCCCCCAUGCUUGUGUACAUCUCCAUUUUUUAAAAUUAUUUGGGGGUUCAUGUUUUCUAUGAUUGACACUUACAUUAAUCGAUUGAUUAAUCGAUUGAUUGAUAGAAACAGCCUAUGGGCCUACGAAGAUUGCGUAGCUCACCCAGGGGAUACACUGUUUGAGCCAAGCGUCAUCACAGCGACUCUCCCGCCAAAAGCGUACAAUGCUACUAUGCAAUGUUGGUUUCAAGAAGUGGAGAAAAAAUGCAGAAUUACAGAGAGCUUUUAGGCUUCAAAUCUGUAUACUGGCGGAAUGCGGAACAAAGUUGUCUAUAGUGUAUACAGUCUAUGGUGAGCCCUCACACCAAUAAGUAGCAUUUAUUGUUGUACUAUGCAGUAACAUCAUCUAUAUAUUUACUGUAUCCCUCUUAGAGAUGUUUGCAGAUGCUUCAGGAACUGUUUAAAAGCUGAAUAUCACAUUACCGCUAUCCAAGUAUCCAUAAAUUCACCAAGUCUAUUUUCUACUCCUACUCCCAUAUUGUUAAAAGUUGAGAGAUCUUUAUUCACCCUCUUCUCUCCUGUGCACAAUCCACUUAAAAUAAUGCACAUCCAAACUGCUGCAUCUGCUGCAUACUGAUCAGACUGCACAUUUAUUGUCUUACUGUUGCACUCCUGAGCAGCAAAUUUAUGUAAAUCCUUCAUCUCCAACUUUGCAAACUGUAUUAUGCAUGGUAUAAUUUUCCAUCUGUAUUCUUAUUUGUCUUUCUAUUUGUUAGAGGUAUUUGUGCAUCUUUAGACCAGUCUGGAUAACAUUUCAUGAUGAGACAAUCUAGUGCUUGCACAAUAAGUAAUACUCUGUCUAUGCAUAGUUACAGAGGUAACAACCUAUAAUACUGUGUGUGCUGAUUGCAUCUUCGAGCUAAACUUGCUGCUCCGGCUCCCUUAAUUGUGACACUCUGACUAAAGGACCAGCUCAUACACUACUCCUCUGAGUCUGCACUGGUCUGAGCCUAGUACCUGCUCAGGCUGUCUUCACAUCUGUGUGCCAGUCCCAGACAUUAUCACAGGAGCCUUAAGAACAGUCUGGUGAAAUACUGGACAGCUGUGCUCUCCAGCUGUGAUUUGUGUUAGUCAUUUAAAGCCAGAGUGUCUGGCUGAUUUGGGGUGACUUUGUCUGAGAAAAAAGCGCCCUUUGGGCUCUCGAAGGCAUCACAGUUUUUCUCUUUGGAGGCUGCUGGAGAUGGAGAGUGCUGGUGUCAGGAGGGUAAGACGUAUAAACAUCUAAAACUUUUAACCGAGCAGUUUGGAUGCCAGGCACAGACAAGAUGGACUCUCUGUAAAUUUCUUUUUACGGCUCUUUGGCUUUUUGAAAUCUUCUCAGAGCAACAAAUGGACUCAGGCUGGUUGUCAUAACACUUAUUAAAAAGAAAGUCUAUUGCCUUGUCAGCCACACUAUUUGGUAUGGUGAUUCAGAGGCAGCUCUUCUUCACAGGCUGAAAGGUAAAAAAGGUUAUUUUAUUAUAGACAUAAACACUGGCUGGAGCUGAAAGCAGUUCUCCUCCUCACAGGUUCCUAAAAAUGUAUAAUUUAUAACAUGUAAACAGGAGUUCAAAGGGGGUAUUUGACAUUUUUAAACCUUUGUUGUCAUUUUUUUUAACAUAUUUAGGAUCCAAACAACAGAUGGGGUUAAAGAAAAGUUAAACAGCUCCUACAGGGUUUUAAAAUGCCAAAUUCACUAAGCAAAAGAACAAAAAUCUGGUUAAAUCAAAGACAGAGCAACACUGUUUUUUGUGCUGUGAGGGUAGGAUAAAAUGUAUUCCGGUGGCCGGUGCUUCAAGAGGUAAAGAAAUAAAGAUGAUUAACUGCAGUUCCUCAAUCAUCCAUUUGAGGCUGACUCUGAACUGGCCACAUACACACUUGUUCUAAUAAAAGGGAGCUUCUUAUAAUAUGAAGACUCACGGUCUUCUUCUUCAUGUAACUUUACAUCACUGCAAUGCACAUGUGCUGCAGGUUCAGACAGUAAAAGGAAAAGCACAAUUUGACUCUGUUUGUUCAGUAGUCCUCAUGCAUGACCACAACAUGAAUGCGUAACGCGAUGAGCCAGGUGGAUCUGUUUCACUUAGUCUUAUCCAGGUACCUGCAGUGCCCCUGCUUGUGUGCAUGUUUAAUUCUGCAGUCAUAUGACAGAGCAGAUAAUGGGGUCAGUUUCAGAUUGGUGUUUUAAUGCAGAUUAAUCAUGAACAGUGAGGUAGUGGUGGCUGCAUGAACUAGGGCUGUACGAUUAAAUGUUUUUAAAUAGUAAUCGGAUUAUUUGAUUAUGAGGAUGUUAAAAAAAUUAUGUCUUGCGCCUUCAGGCCACUGUAGGGUCCCCCUCCCUGCGGGACCACUCCCAAGUUCCCACACACACCAGUGUAAAUAAACAUGGCAUUAAUUUCGCCAAUAGGAGGCGGUAAUUUCAUAGCGAAGUAGGGCAAGAAAAACUCAGUUGUGUGGAAUUGGUACGGCUUUGCAGUUUCGAAUGAAGAGCAAAACACUCCCCGCUGCAAAGUCUGUCUGAAGGAUGUAUCAACCCAUCCACACUGAAACGAAUUCAGGAGUAAACACAAAAGUUUUUUGUUGUAUCAGCGUUUCAUCCAUUGGAAACAGCGUUUCAGAUGACUGUAAAUAGUGCUUGUUGAAAAUGAGUCAGAGAGUGCAUAAAUCUGUAAACAAUUAUGUGACGCAAAGCAUAACUCUUUUAUGGCACCUGCGUGUGUCCGACCAAAACAACUUUUAUACGCAUGCUCCGUACUCUUCUUCUGUCUUUUGUGCUUGUCCUCAGCAGCGUUACAGCGCCACUUACUGGCUUGGCAUAUGCACUACAUCGUUCUCAGUGGUUUUGUUUUGAUCACAGCCAAAGUUAUUAUAGAAGUGAAGUUUGGUGAAGUUGUCACUGAAUAAAAAAAAUGAAAUUGAAAAUCGAGUUUCUGAGAAAAAAAUCUUGAUUUUAUUUUUGGCCAAAAUCAUGCAGCCCUAGCAUGAACUGAACCAUCAUUUGACUGAUGUGUGACGCUCCUGUGAGUGAAAAUGGUUAAAGGACUGUAUUUGUACAACUUUUCCUCAAAGCUCUUUUAUAGUAUAUGUCACAGACAUUCAUACAGUGAUGAAAGAAGCUGCUAUACAAGGCUCUCAUCAGUGAUCCCCUUCAUACAUUGUGUCAUAUCCAAGGACACUUCGCUAUGUGGACCUGAAAUCGAAUCCCUGACCCUCUGACUGAGAUUACUGUGCAUGCACACACAGCAGCUGCAAUGUUCAAGUGAUGUAUCCUUCGACCCUGGGUUUAGAGCUUGGCUCAAAGAAAAGAAACUGAUUUAAGCACAUGAGAAUGUUUCUCAACUCAUUAGGUGCUGCAGCUGCUGCAUGGAGUUUUACCUGCCCACACUCUGGACCCUCAGUUGAAGCCAGGUACCCUGCAGACACAGGGCAUGUGUCAUCAUAUUGUAUUAUUUGAAUAUCUGAUAUUCUGUUUAUUUCCACUCAGUUUUAAUGUUUGCAGUCAGAGCUUUUGCAUCUGCCGAGUCUCCGCUUUUGGAUUUUUGGCUGCAAAGCUACAUGAGAGUGAAACCAUGACAGUGAUAUGCCUGCAGCUUAUUUAUAGGAAGUUUUUAACAGUGUGGGAGGCAUGCAGGAGAGAGAGAGGAUCCAGCUACUCAAUCAGCCACUUUUAUCCACCCUUGCUUCAAGUGAAUCAAUGAAACCAUGCAUGCUUCACCUAAGUAUGGAGUUUGGCAGGGAUAAAGCAUUUUGCGUAACUGAUGAAGGAAAGAAGUUUACAGGAAGGGAAAGCAAAAAUUUAUGAUGACUAUUGUAGGAUUUCUUCAACUGCUAACAAACCACUCAUCUCUAAGAGGAAAACUUUUGGUCAAAACAUAGACAAGGUAGUAAUUAUAUCAAGUGGCUUAAAAUAAUAAUCUGAUGAGCAGAAAUUUAACAGCUGAACCUUUUUGACACCAACCCUAACAUCGACAGGAUUACUUUAAAAAUAAAAGUCCUGACAAAUAGAUCAAACUCUGAGUGUAAGUAGGCAGCAAAAGCGAUAAAGAGGCCCUGAAGUGCAGCUCUCCAGCCCAUUUUUAACACAGAUGGACUGUGAUUGGCCAAAAGGCCUUGAAUAUACCAUCCAAUUGCACAAGAGUGGUGAGAAACUAAAAUACACCUCACAUAUGAACAUGUUUCAUUGCAUUCACUGGAGUGGCUGAGUCGCAGCACGUACCACAGAGGCACGUGUGGAGCCGCUGGGUUUUUGUUCAUCAUGAAAAUCUAUUUCUGAAAGACUUUGUGGAUGCGUAUGUCAGUUUAUAGAAGGUGUCAGGUAGAACUAUUUAUAAGCAAUGAAGAACAGAGAGCCAUCCAUCAACAUGCACAUCAGAACACGCUGUCAGGGUCCAUUACUGCACCUAAUCUGCUCACAACAUGUCAGGUCAUGAUGGAUGACAUGUUUUCAUCAUUUCAUCAGUGUGACCUAUCAGAGGAGGUCGCAUGAAUGCACUUCAGGUGUGGUUUUCAAUUAUCGGUAACAAUAUAUUUAUCUGUCAAUCAAUUGAUUAGUUGGUGGAAAAUUAGAAAAAUAUAACAAUCAAGUUUUUUUUUUUUUCUAAUUGAGGAAAAGAGAAUGUUAAAUGGAGUAAAAGACUGCAUAGACAUAGUUAGGCCCAUAUAAAAUAAUAAUAUUAAAGCUCCUGUGAGGAGUUUUUAGCUGCUUAUGGAAGACUGAAAUUGUCCAGGAUUAAUCAUUUAUUUGAAAUUGCUUUAAUGCAUUUCAACCAUAGACUGUAUAUAGUAUGGACAACUUGGCUCUGCUUUCCAUCGUUACGCGAAUAUGAAGCCGAAUUGCUUUCAGUAUUUCCGGGACUUCCUGGAACCACCACUUGUGCAGUAGCAUUGUAGGUAUUCGACGGGAGGGUCACUGUGAGUCGCUGUGAUGACACUCUGCUCAAACGGCGUAUCUCCCGGGUGAGCUACGCAAUCUUCAUACGCCCACAGGCUGUAUCAAGUGUCAAUCAUAGAAAACAUGAACCCCCCAAUAACUUUUAAAAAUGGAGCUGCACAGAAAAAAAAGAGGACUUGAGCACAAACCAGUCUUACAGUAACCACAUGUUUACAUCGCAAGCAGGGGGAGAAAAAAUUAUGUUCUGUGUAAUCCAUUUCUGAAGUUUGUCCACAUCUCCAUAGGGAUUGCUGGAGGAGGCGGGAUUUUUGACCUAUCCUGCAGCCCGUCACCAGAGGGUGCUGUUUUUGCACUCAUGCUCUUCACCCAGUGAGGAGACAGAUGGCGUCCAUUCUAUAUACAGUCUAUGAUUUCAAUGCUUAAACACUCAGAGAAACUAACUGCUGGGGUUUGUAGUAGAAUGUAAACAUGCCAUGACGCUGUAAAAACACUUAAUUAAGCAAAACAGAUUUUAGAUAUUUUUUUAUCCUGUUUGUCCCGGCACUACACAAUCUAACAUAACCAUAGUGUUAAUGUAAAACAUUUGAACUUGUAGUCGGUGAGUUGUUGUUCGAUUAGCAGCAGUGAUGAAGCCAGAGGGUGAACCGAGUUGGCUGUGGUCACCCCUUAAAUUUGAUUAGUCAUUCCUGAACUUCUGCCCUUAUGUUGAAAUCAGCGUUGAGUUGUGUUGAACAGGUUCUUAGGCGCUUUUUUUCCAUUUCAUUGUAGAGCAUUUUCUUUUUCUGGUACUUUAAAUGGUGACUUUGGACAAGUGUCCUCUUCAUGGAUCCUUGAAAAAUUACACUCAGCAGAUGUAAAUACACACUCUGACAAGGUCCCUUUCAUAAUUCAAAGAAUAAAGAAGAACGAGAGUACCAUACUUUGAAAAACCACUAGCUUUGGUGGCUGGUGAGCGAAAAAGUUAUUGUCAAACCUUGCUGAUGUGCAGUUAUUAUUUUUGUGACAGGGAUUUAUGGUAAAUCGAGGCUCCUGUAUUUGAGGGAGUGUGAGGGGGGUUUAUCCUAAAGCUGUCUGCCGUGUCUGAUCCCUCCACCUUUAAUGGUGCAUGCCUCAUUCCACUGUGGGUGUUGCUUUAAACAGAAUUACUCCACAGCGGAGUAUGAGUGAGGAGGGUCGGGUUUGACAAAGAGUUUCUGUUGUAUAUACGCAGGCAGCAGUAUCAGUCAAAUCUGUGCUUUUGCUUCAUUCUCUAUGAAUCUGUCAGGUAAAGCCUAUUUUUGAUACACAGGUUCAAACUGGGUGAGGGUAACAGUCUAUGGUCAGGUUAUAGUGAUGCAUUAAUGCAUGUGAGGUUUGUUAACAUCGUAAAAAAUGCGCUUUAACGAACUUUGCUCGAGUAAAUGUCCACUAUUGUGCUUUAUUGGACCAGCUCAUUCUAAUAUCUUACUCUAACUCUCAGGAUCAAAUUUACGGGAGAAACUGAGCUCCUGAAAGUUUACUGCAGGCUAUGAGAGACAGGAUCAAAAAAGCCAGAGUGGCUAUGAUGAUAAAAGUGCAUAUUAUCAUGUGAGAUUCAGACAUGAGACAUGAGACAUGGCAGCACGUGCAGAUCUAUUUGGGACGUAACAAAAAGAAAGAGCUGCAAAGGCUCCAACGCUUUUAAGAGCCUGAUAUCAGAGGAUACUUAAUGAUACCCAGAGAUCCUGUUAGUGCUAUUCUCUCUUACUUCAGCUCAGUUUGAAAUUCCUGCUUUGCUUUUUCUACUGGAGAUGAAUGUCAGAUUGUCCUCGAGAAUGUGAAAACAGGAUGUGAAGUAGUUUUAUGUCUCCAGAGUUUUAGUCAUCAGUUCUUGUCUAUGCUUUAAGAGGAAAGUUUGUGUAUGUGUGUCGCUCUGCUGUUGUUUGUUGGCUGUGGUUUUUCAACGAUAAUAUGCCGAGAUAUCAAAGCCUGAUCUUAAAGCACUUCUCCUUAUCUAAUAUGUCGAUGACUCAGAGCUCGUCCUUGGGGGAUGUUGGAUCACGCUGCCCGGUCAUUGUGUAAAUUAAAUUUGAGUUUCUUUGACUCAGCCAUCAAAUUACCUGAAGCCUCUUAGUGUCCACCCACACAUGCAGAGAUAUACUGUACCUCUGCAAUCAUCGUGUGUCUUCUUGAAGUGGAGGACUUGAAAGCUGGCUUGAGAGUGAUUUCUUAUUGAUGUUUGAGAUGAAUAUGAACAACGAAGCAAAACAGAGGAUAACUGGAGGAGAGAGACCGUAUAUUUCAUUCUAGAACCCUUUCUCUUUGCAGGGGAGAAAGCUUCAGGCUCUUUUCACUCUGCUGAGUUACAUUCAGGCUUUUCCCCUCUUUUGAUAUGGGCAACUCUCCUUUUUUAUUCUUAUUCAAUAUUUUCUCAGAUCUUAAAACCUCCGGCCAUGCAAAGAGAGUUGAUACAUAUACAUUUACUCUGCGUUCCUUUGAAUUAUUACCCUAUACUAAAAAACCAUUAAGCCCCAUGGUCAGCAGAAGCCUUUGAAAAAUUAUUCACCCUGAGUUUUGCCUUUCAGGCGUAAUAGAGGCUGCCCACCUGCUACAUAAAGGUUAUUGAGGCUUGAAAGAAAGAUGGCGGUCUGUUUGAGGGUCUAUAGGACGACUCUCCAACUUCCCCUGUGUUAAGUUUUCGGAGAAAAAAAAAGUAGAUUUAACUCCAACUUUCCCCCACAACAUAAGUGAUUACUCAAAAUUACAUCAAGUACCCUCCCACUAAGUUCAUAUUCACUCACUUAUUAUGUGUAGGCCUACCACACGUACUCUAGCCUGUGAUGCUGGGCGGUAAUCCUACAGAUGCUGGUUAAGUUUGAUGUAUUUGACCCUGCAACUUUCUGCAGCAAGUGGUUUGUUGUCUUGGUUAACUUUCUGCUCAUUCUUAAUACUCCUGAAAUGCCUUUGCAAUCAGACCGAGAACUUGAACUCUGAUAACAUUUCUAUUAAGUGCUACUUGGUGAUUGACUAGUCAGGGCUCCCCCACUAACAAGUGGCUGCUGGAGGAGAGUUGGUUAGUUGCGUUUGGUCUCUUUGCUGAAGAAACCAGGCAAAGCUAAAAAGAAAUGUUUGAUGGCUAGUAAUAUGGCUGGGACCCUAUAUGUACUGUUGAUGAAGUUAGGUGCUGUUCUGAGCAUUAUUUGUGGCUAUAGAGUGGCUUUUUGGUUGAGGUUUGCAUGUGGAGACAUAGACCGUCGUAUUGCUAUCGUGCAGUCUUUGCUAAAGUUGGUCUAACUAAAGAAGGAAGUGGUCAGCAACAUUCAUCUCUCGCGGGGGUGUCUAACUCAGUGUUACGGUGUGUUUGACUAUGGUUUAAACUUUGGGAAUAUCCCUUUAAUUACUGCACAUUCUGUACAGUUGUUGGUAAAAUAUAUGAAGGGUGUGUACAGACUAAUGGCUGCUGGUGCUGCUUGUAUGGAUAAAAACUAUAGAGCCCCUCUAUUGUGUUGCAGAUAUGUAAAAUAAGGUAUUUUUGAAAAAGGUAAUGCCCAUACUGUUUUAUUUUUGUUGACUCUUUUCCAUCAUUUUUAACUGGUUUUACUUUAAAAAGAUUAUUGCAGUGUUAAAAAAAAAAAACCUUGAACAGUUAGACAACAGCAUGAAAAGACUUAAAUGUGAGCAAUUUUGUGAAAUGCUUUUCUCAGUCAUUUAAAACCUGCUUGAACGGCUUUUUUUGAUGAAAUCCCUCUCUAACAUCAUAUAGUGUAAAAUCAGAUCAGUCCAUCCCUGGUUGACAUUACAAUCGUUUCUUGUUGAAGUUAUGUAAGCAGAUUGGCGAGUAUUCAGACACGCUGCGUGUUAAUUUGUGCUGUCAAUCAGAGCUUUAGAGAAGGUGUCAGGUUGUUUCUUAGAUGUGGGAUGUUUCUUUUAUAACACAAAGCUCUCUGCAAAGACAACGCUCUGCCUUGCUGCUGGUUAGUUGGAUGCUCAUGCCGACCCUUUGCGCAGUCUCCCUCUGUUCAGUCUUGACUGGGGUUUAACAUAUUCCAGGCAUGUGUGACCUCAAACACAUUGACGUUGCCCUUGGAGGGAUGCAAACAGCACUCAUGCACUCCCCCUGAGCGGAUGAAAUCCCUCUCCAUUUGAACAGGCGGUAAUAAGAAGAAGUGAAAUCUGUGAAGAGAUCAUAGACUGGGAGGAAAAAAGAAAUUCUGUCAUUUGGUCAGGGACAAAUGCGUCUGUAUGAUACAUUUCUUUGGACCCAGAUGAAAAUAAUGGAAUUCAUGAGAUUCUUCUUUUCAUUUGAGCAGCUGUGGCUGUAUCGCUUUGUGUUUGGCAAAGCUUUUCUCCCACUGAAGUAACCCUAUUGCACUUCAAAAAGCGUAAUUUCCGGCUGUACAUCCAAACUAUUUCAGCUGCACGGUAAUAGGAAAAUCACAGAUGACAUUGGCUCAUCAAAACCUCUGAAGUUGAAAAGAUAAAACUUGUAAUACACUCAUGCGUGCUGUAUUUUCUUAUAUAUAUAUAUUUCUCUGCAAAGUUUCAGUGUUUGACGUUCAAUGAGAAAAUGACGGUUGACAAUGGAUACAAUCUCAAACACAAACUGGCUGUAAGUCUGCACCCACUCAACCUGUUAACAAUCAUCACCUAUCAUUGUGUGAUGAUGACUUAUCUUAAAAUACAUGUAAAAGUUUCGGGUCUGUUAUAGAUGAGCGAUUAAUUCAACCUCAUAAUGAAAAUACGGAAACCAAGACUGCUGUGAUGCACUCAUUAAGGUAAAUGACGCACACCUUCCUCCUCUUCCACAAUGGUGAAGCAUGUGGUGUCCCCCUAUGCCGUUAAAUCGCCCUCUCUAUUUCUCCUCGUCUGGCCUGCAUGGCAGGUUCUGGGGGCGGAGCUUGGAGUUGUUGCGUAGGAAACCUCAAUGUGCCUGAGCCUACCGUUUGGGUCUGUGAGAGGUUCACAGCCAUUUGAAUGCAGAAAUACUCAGAAAUGCAAUUUCGCGCUUAUUUUUCCCAUGAUAUGUCCUGUAGUAUCAGAAAAAAGUGCCACAUAAACAUGUAGACAACAAGAAAAGCAUGAUUUUCAUUGGAGUGGGUCUUUAAUGUUAAAGGCAGAUUGCUGUAUCUCCAACAUAUUGUUCUGCAGCAGUACGAAUGAUGGGAGGAGAGCAGGGGAAGUAGGAGGAGGCAUGUGUGUUUGCGUGAAAAGCAAAAGCACAAAGUGAAGAUGAUAAUAAAAGGCUUUAGUGUUCAUGAGUGUUCUGAAAAAUAUAUUGAAUUUUGCAACAGUAAGACUUUAUUUUCUUAUGACUGUACUUACCAUGAAGACCAUUUGACAUUUCUAGUCUUGAGAUUGAGACUUGUAUCGACUAAAAUAAAGUGACAUGUUCUCAUUAUUCUUUCUACAACAUUUGAAAUAAGGGGAUGUGCUUCGGUGCAGACUUCCUGCUACUUCUUAUUUAAGAUGUUUUCUCUUGUCACAAACCCUUUUCCUAAUGAAUGUCUAACACAGAAGUGUUGCACAAACAUUUAAAUGCAUGCCGCUGGAGUUGUCUUCUGCAGCUCCAGGUGCCCUCUUUCCUCUCCUACGCACCUGUCUCGCAGAAUCGAUGUGAGAGUCUUACUUUUGUUGAAAGAGCAAACUCGAGGAAAAUUUUUCUGUGAAACUGGGGAAGUUACAUAUGAUUUACAUUAUUUAUGUGGCUCUUUUCUUUCUAUCCCCCAUCAUCUAAACAUCUAUCUAUCAGACUCCCAUAUGAAACAUCCCACUUCUCUUAUGUAACACCAUUUUCCUGUGGAGUGCUGACAGUUUCAUCCACAAGCAUGUGUGCUCACACUAUUACAAUCUGCAGGAGAGACGGCCUCCCACCACUCUGGGAGUAAUACAAAUUAAAUACAAUUAUGCGUAUCAAAUCAAUUUUCUCAUUGCCAAGAUACUGAGUCAUCUUUGUUAAUUUUUUUAUGAACUACAUGGUGCUUCCUGUGCAUUUCUUUUGUUGUAUCUGCUUGUAGGUUUGUGACUCACUAGCAGGUAGGAGUGAAUGUUUUGUUAUAGCUCUGCAGGUGCGGUUUUAGUGCCGAGAGUUUGUUCAAAAAAUCCGAUUUAAUGCCUCAUCUGAAAAUGACUCAUCUCAAAGAUUAGACUCGAGUAUAUAAAGUAUACGAUUAAGGCUGUUUCUGCAUGAUUUAGAAGCCUGCUCUUUUCUCUUUUUUUAUAUCACCUUUUUUAACACUUUGUGAAAAUUGCUCUGAACAGCAGGCAGGUCUGCUUUUAAAGGUGCUGGAAAUGACAGGUUUUAGAAAUGACAGAGGAGUUUUAUGUCAUUACAGUUUCCUUAUUCUUAUUUUACAUGUUUUAGUUCCUCCUUCAUGAGCUGGUCAAGUGGGAAUGCUUGGUGGUUAAAGUGAAUAAAGAAAAGGCCUGAAUCAUGCCAUCAAAAUAAAGGUCACUGGUCUCUAAUUACCCCCAUGGUCCCCUAAGGAGAUCAGAGGAAAGACUCAGCAACCCCCUAUUGCUUCAGAGGUUCACAGUCGUCCAUCCAUCCCCAUGACAUUUAGUGUCCACCUACAUUUGGAAAUUUUCAAAAGCACAACUGUCUUCCAGGUCAGAGAUGUACUGAUACACAAGACUAAACAAGGACUGUUAAAUCUACAGCUUUCUUUUUUGAGAGCAUGGUUAGAUCCUUAAAAAUAACUGAACCCCUUUUUUCUGGGGCUUAAGUAGGCUACUGGAUGCCCCCAUUUACGAAAGCAAUAAACAAACAGAUAUAAAACAGUGUAUGUGUGUGUGUGUGUGUGUGUGUGUGUGUGUGUGUGUGUGGGGGGGGGGGGUAUUUAAUAUUUGACAAUUGCAAUUUGGACAUAAAAAUGUACAGCAGUUAUAAAGCAGGAUGUGCUGUGUCACUUGAAACACACUGAAAACUGACCGCUGUGCAUGGAGAAUCUAUUGAAUAGUGAACAGGCACACAAUAGUACGACGGAGUAUAAGGGCCACAUUAAGGAAAAAGACUUUAAGAUUAAUGUUGUUACUGGACGAGAAUAAAGUCAUUACUAGCAAGAAUAAAGUCAUGAUAAAGUAAUUACUUACAAGAAUAAAUUCAUAAUAAAAUCAUUAUGAUAAAUAUGAUAAUGUGGUGCUGAUGUGCCAAAAGAUGAAGUAUCACCUUGUUUGAAUAACCUUGAUUGAAAUACAUUUUCACAAAAUACUCCAUGGCUCUCAUUUCGACAACUGUCAUCUUAAACAACAGAUAGUAAGUAAUUACUUCAUCCUCGUAAGUAACUACUUUAAUCUUUUCUUAAUGUGGCUCAAAUACUCCAUCGUACAAACAUUUAUCUGUAAUAUGUACAAACACUGCUGUCAUCACAGAUCCGUGCAAAUGCUAAUGACUGAAAAGGAUUUAAAGACAGCAGUAUGUACCUUCAACAACUCCAUAAAAUUGGUCCUGGGAUUUAUUACGCUUAUAAAGGUUUAUGAAAGCCUCAAAAACCUUGUUGCAGUUAGUCUAACUGAAAAUGGACUUUUAAAAUACAAGUAGACAUGUUAAUCUUACUGAAGUUGCACUACCUGUAACUCUUUUAUAGCCAGAGUAACACCACCUUACUUUAACUUGAUUUAAGAGUGAGGGGGGAACCUAUGCCAUCUCAGCUCCGGGGAUGUGUUUUUCAUGUGAUCCAGGCUUAGAGGAUUCUGCAUUUUCAUCAAAGAGACCAUGCCUGUUGCAGGGUUUCUUCCUGUUUUGGCUCACAGCUGUGUAGCUUUGUCCUAGCUGCACUGCACAGGUUCAAGAAUUGGCCUCAGAAGGAUCGAGGCUUUCUCGCCUUAUCCCUUUCUUGGCAGGAGAUCAAGAGAUUAGCCGGGAUGUGUGCACACCGUGUCUCACCUAAAUUGCUGUGUUGGAGGUGUAUCAGUGAGGGAUUUCUGACAGUGAAACCUUUAAAACCUACCCUAUCCUCUACAGCUGGAAUCUGCCAUCAUCUUACAUAAGGCUCAGGCCUCUGCUGGACUCGUCUUUGUCUUUUCCUCCCAAUGUCAUCAAUUCAUCUCUUAUUCUUAUUAUUCCAGUCCUCUUCCUUAAUAUUCAGCUUUGUCCUCUUUCGGCUCUCCCACUCCUACACAAUCCCCUCUCUACUCCAUACCGCUCCCUCAGUCUUGCCUCACAUUGAGCAGCUUCCGCCCUCUUAAAGUAAGCAUGUUGCAUCCUGUUGACGUCUGCCCGUUCUCUGAUUAUAGACCCCUGCAGCACAAAUCCAAGGAGCAGGCUGCAAGGAAUCCCUGGUCAGAAAAUCCUUUGAAUGGAUGACUCUUGCUGUCAGCAGGAUGAGAACCAAAGAGCACUCAUGCAUUAUCAAUACCCUCAACCAGGGUUAGGAUAGUUAGUAAAAAAGAAUUACACAGUAAAAGAGACGGGCCUUGAAUGAUUUCUCAUCGACCCCGAUGUAAGUCAGGGCUCCGGUUGGGCCACCCCAGUCAAAAGGUGUGGACACGGCCCUGCUUGUUCGCACUCACCUCAUUGCAGGUACUGUGCUCAACAACAGGUGGAUACAUGCUGAACAGAGGGUUGUGAUGAUGGGAUAAAGGAGACUACAGUGAAAGAGACAGACUCAACUUUCACUGAAGUGGAAUGGGGGUAUUUAUAUUGAGUUUGCACCAGUAGAGAUAUGUUUGUGGUCAGGACACACUUCACUGCACUCCCCUUACAUGACCUUGAGCCAAAGUCACCGUCCCACCUUGUGAGUGAAGUCAGUGUUGAGAAAACAUGUGAGAAAAUGAACUUUUUUUCCGUCUCAUAAUGCAGAUAGUUAAAGAAUGUACAACUGAAGUCAUUGGAUAAUUGUUUGAAUAAGAAAAAAGUAAUGUUAUCAUUAAAUUAGCAACAUGACAAUUGCAUUACUGCUUUACAGACAAAUGUAAUUCAAUUACAGGAACCCCCAACCCUGCUGUCAGCGCCCUGACAGAGGUUUUAACUACACAAAGAGUAACAAGUUUUUCGCUUUUCUUGCUCAUUAUACACUGAAGAUUACAUAUUCUUUAUAUCCUGCAGAAAUCUGUUUAAAUAACAGAUUAGAAGCAUCUUGCUUAACCAAAACACAAAGUAAAUUUUACAAAUGAAACUAAAAGAAUUUUAUUUCUGCUGCGGCUCUUCUUCCCAGUUAAAUUUACUUCACAUUACUCCUGACAUAAACUAACAAGCAAAACUCAAAACUACAUCAAUGGGCAGUUAUAUCCACAUUUUAACGACCCUUUGUUAAGGCACCUGCAUGUCAAACUAAAGUCCAGUUUUUCCCAGCCACUGUUCAUACUUAGAUUAGUUCAUUAGUUUUUGUUUUACCCACAUAAUUCAGCUUGGAGGCCUAACCCGAGGAUUGAGGGUGCUGAUUCACCAGGUUCUGCACUGCAGGCUUUUCUCAAACACAUUGGUCACUUUUAUGACCAGACUUGCAAGCUCAUUUUCAAGUCUUAAAACAAGAUGCAUUCUAAGUAUUCAGAGCAACAUUUUUGCUGUCAAGCAUUUGGAAAGUCUAAUGGUGUGGUGGAAUGUCCAGCACCAUCCAAAUUGUAGUCUAUAAACAAGAAGCAAAUACUGAGUUUUAUUGUCAGUCUAAAACGUGUCUCCUAAACUAGAUCCUGCAGACAUUUUCCUCAGCUAAAUCAAGCAUGUCCUCAAAAGUUAGACUUUAUAAUAUAGAGUUGGCCUCUUCAGUGAUGCAGCUCAAAUGGAGUUUAUUUCAACAGAAGAAAUAUGAUUACUUUUAAAUCAAGGAGAGAAUAGCCGAGUCAAUAAUUUAGCAGCAUUUUCCCAAAGAAAUGGAAUACAUCAUUGCCAAGUGAAAGGAGUAUCACAGUUGUUUCAUUUCUGAUUAUCUAGAGAGAAGAAAAAUUCAUAGAAACAGUGGAUCUUUGCUCUGGAGGCUUGCAUGUUGCACCGCCAUGUUUUUCUGCAGUAGCAUUAACAUGAGAUCAGGACACCCACCCACCCAUAACACAUCAUUCCUUUGUGCAAAAGCAUCAUUUUGCAUAAUGUUGGACAUCUAAAAGUGUCUUCUCUAACUCUAAAGCCUCAUAUUCUUAUGUAUUUAGGAUGUCCUGUUGCAUUGAAUUUUGUAUUAUUAUUAAUAUUAUUGAAUAUCCCUUCAGGGAUCAGUAAAGUCCUCCUUAUUGACUUUCAUAUAUAUAAAUAGGAAUUAAAAAUCCUGCUGUCUUCAAAUAGCUUUGUGAUCUUUCCAGAAAAGGUUAGCAUUAUUAUUCGAUUGUAACUCAGCUUUGCUAGUUGUAAAAAGUAGGAAGAAAGUCUGUUUAAAGAGGUGACUUGGGCAGAAGGACAACUAUUAGUGGGAGGUAGCUAAAGGAGGUGUGAUCUACUUAUCUCCAAUAAAGUGUGUCUUGAAGUAAUUAUGGGUCAUCCGAAAGGUGAUCCAUAUUUAAUAGUAUGAGGGGGGCCAGCAGGGAGGGGGAGUUCAGGGGGUCCUUUGAAAUGCUUUGCACAUCCCUGUUUGUUCAAAGUAAUAUCCUCUUUCUGUGCCCCCGCAGCGCUCUCUGUACCUCAUUCUGUUAAGAUGUGGACCCAAUGUGAACAUUAUUCGACUCAUGCUCUGAUUCAUUCAGGUCUGGAGUCACCUGAGGUAUCUAUCCUGCAGCCAGACUCCUGUCAGGAGUUGUAGCCAGAGUGGGCUUCAGAGUGUAAAGGAAUUGCUUUUUGCUUCAUGAUGUAUUUGCUCUGUGGCUUCCCAGAUGGGCUCCUUCCUUUUUCAGUCACUUUCCAUAAAACAGGCAAUCAGCCAAGGUCUCCGGACACUGAUGUAGCCUCCACACCCAUGAGUCUGAGCCUAUUGUCGGGCUGUGCUGCUGAGACUCUGAAACCGUGGGGGGACAUUGAAAUCCCUGUGACUUUUAUCUCCAAUGCAGAGGCAGACUGUGCAUCUUGAACAUCAUUAUUUCAGUGUUUGUGGCAGACAGAUCAUCGGUGUAUGACUUUACUAUAAAGAAAUAAAAGUCCUGGAGUGUGUCAGGCUUUUUUACUCUCUGUAAUUUCAUCAAAGCCUCACGUUAUUCACCAGCUUAGAAGCUCGUUAUUCUCAAAAUCAUCCUAUUCAGCAGCCGUUACGACUCCAGUACAGAUAAUAAUCUGACAAAAACAUCAUUGUUAUAUUUCAAAGACACAAUGCCCCACAAGUUAGCAGCUUGCCCUUUCUCUCUUAUCUGCCCUCUGGUAAUUGCUCAUUAGGAGGAAAAUGUGGUUUUAAUUGUCUGCCAGUCGAGACAGUCUGAAGUUCAUUACAGCUAAUGUCCAAACUUCACAGAGGCUGUUUGCGCCUGUCUAGACACAAAUUGAAACACUUGGCCAAUUAUAAAUACAUCCAGUAACAGCCUUUAACCAGCUUUUCUUUUAGUUUUCUUCUAUGCAUGGACAUAGUGUGUCUAACCAAGACGUAGAAGAUGAUGAAUGUGUGUCUUAUAAUUGGGCUGCUCCUGCUUUAUUGCAUAUUUUUGUGGGUGCACUCAAAGCAAAAUUUUCCAGCAAAGAUAUCUGCAAAGUUUGGAGAAUAAACCUCAGUAGGGUUUUGAAAACAGUAGAGCAUAAUUAUAGCCCAGGGACACAAACUGAGGCUUAAACUCAACGAGAUUUCUUGUAUUUCAACAAUCCCGAGCUUAAUGCCAACACAUUACUGAGACUGUAAUUUUUAUAUAAAGAAGGAUUAAACAUAUAUUUACCAGCAUCCCAGUCUCUGUCAGACAGUUUGUGAGAUAUUUUUCCAGUUUUUGCUGUCGUAAAUGUUCCCUACCUUUAGGCUUUUGUUCCUGUCUUUUCUUAAUUUUCCCUGUUUAAACAAAAAAGAAAGUAAAGUGAAACUCCCCACACUUUUUUCUGUGUUUGAUAUAAUUCAGUAUAAAAGGGCCACCUGAAAUAGCUUGACAUAUGACCCAGCAGAGGGCGUGACCUGACCAAUCCAUGCGCUAACCUCAGUAAAUUAAUACAUUGAUGUUUAGCUUCAAAAAUGAAGGACAUUGUCAAUCAAAACUGUGGGGCUGUAAAGUCCCAGUUGACUGGUUGACUCAUUGGUCGAUUCAUGCCUAGUCGACCCAAAUUCUGAUUGGUCGACUCGGUUUUUUUCCUUGUCGUAGCAUCCCUGUUUCAUAGGUAACAGCCUGUCUCUGAUCACCCCCCUUGUGUUCACCAUUUUAGAUUCGCCCAACCCACUGGAGACUGGCUGGAGACGGGAUCAUUGAAGAGCGUCCAUGUUAAUCAACGUCCGGUCGUUUGCUGAAUAUUUAUUUUUGUCUGAGCAUUUCAACUUGCUUUUUGUGUUUAAUUACAUUCUUUUGCUGAUAUCAGUAUAUUUUCAACUCACCGAGCUGCGUCCGCCUUCGCCGCAGUUUGCCGCCAGAGUCUGACCCCCCCCACCCAAGUCGAUUUUUGGUCAAAAAUUUCAGGGUUUAGUCAACCAACAAUUUCUUUGGUUGAUUCCAGCCCUACAAAGCUGGCAGUAUUGUAAAGCUACUGGACUUGCAUAAAGGUAAUUAAGUUUUUUAACAAGAUAAUGAACAUUGAAAUAUAUCAAUACUGAGACUCAAAAUACAAGAUGGGUAAUUGCUGCAACAAGCUGAAGAGAAAACUAUUUUAGAUACUCAGUAUCUAACUUUCUGCAUACUUGUUUUUAUUGAGAAAAAUGACCUGGUUGUCUGGAAUGCAACACCGUCACAAAAUACACGCUCAGUCUGCACUGAUGUCGCUGGUAUUCAGAGAUAUUGAUGUACCAACUCUGUCAAACUGAGAAAACUUUGUGGAUGCCAGUAAAAGUUUUCAAACUUCAUGUCCACUUCAUUGAGUGAUGCUAUUAGCCCCUAAACUCUUUUUCCUUAAUAUUUGAUGUCAUUUACAUGCUCUUGUCUUAUUCCUUCUUCUGUUGUCCUCCUUUAACAAUCUGGCACCAGAAUUUCUUUUGGGAUCCAACAAGACAGUUUAUCAGCUCAAAGGGGGAAAAAAUCGCAAAUAUACAGCGGUAGCCUCUGUAUACUUGAUUCUGACACUGGCGAGUUAAACUUUUAUAACCUCUUCUGAUAUGACCACAGGCAAAGUCACCAACAAAUAAGAUUAUUUGACAAGGGCAUGAGGUUGGUGUUAGGUUCAGCCUGAGUAGAUUAACCCGUUAUCAAAGCAGAAUUUCAUCAGUGCAUUACAUAAUUAGAUCUUUCCUCCUGUUAUUCUACAACAGAUUUCAUUUGCUACCCAAAGGCGUUUGGACUCCUGGUGGGGGAAUUGUUGGUACAAUGUUUGUUUUUUGUACAUAAGCAGCAGCACCUGGGAGCUCUCGAAGCAGCUGUGAUCAAGUACAUGCAACCAAACAUCAGAGGACAAAUGGUGCAGACAGCCUUGGGUCUUAACAAAGAUGUAUUUGUCCAAAAGUGUUAUCCCACACCUUAAUAGUUGUGACAAACACAAUGAAUUGAUCAGCACUGAUUGUUCUCCCAACUUUAAAGACAGUGUCUUAAAGUUAAUAGCAGCUUCAUUUGGGCUGUAGCACAACACUUACUGCACAUCGGUUCUUCUUUUUGUUGGAACAGAUAUUAACAGACAUAGAGAGUCCUGCAUGAAAGCCAACAGAAAAAAAACCCACAAUCUCCAGGAGUAUGCAAGAGCAUGCAGAGAUUUAUCUCUUUUGCAUGUACUUUGGACGUAUGCAACGCUGUUUUGCCUCAUUCAGGGUGAUUGUAGUCUCUCUACAUUAAACAUACAUAAAUCAUUUAAAUGUCACAAGCUUCUCAGCCUAAAAACGGUGUAAUGGAUUUUGUCUUUUGACGUUGCUUCUGGCUACACCAAAUCUAAUGAAAAUAGAUGGGGGUCUUAUUGAUUUUCUAACCUAAGUGUUGCAGGUGCCAAUACUCAAACACUGUCAGACUAAUCAACAGAACUGACUAACCUCUUCUUCUUUUUCUUGAUUUCUCUUCAUGCUUUCCUUUUGGCUUCUUCUUCUCUUUCCCCCCCAGUGGUCGUGUUGUAUCUACAGGGUGUGGGAACCAAAGAAUGGAGGGAGGUAAGAAAGCAUCCACUUGUUUUAAUUAUAACCAAAUAUUGUUUUCUUGAAACAAUGUAGGACUUAUGACUCAACCUUGAAUUGGACUACUUUUGGUUAUUCAGGACCUUUCUCUAACUUUGACUCAAGUUAUGCGCACUUGAAAUGCUCUUGGACUCAGGUGAUGACAUUUUGACUUCAACUGAGUCUUGGGUACUGAAGACCCAAUCCUUAAUAGGAUUUUAUUAAUGGGGGUUUAACUCACGUUUUGACUCAUGUUUUAGGAACCAGACUCAACUUUGAUUCAGGUAUUUAGGAUUCAAUUUGUACUAGGACUCAGACUCAGUUAAUGAAGAGCAGACUCGGAAUUGGGGCCUGGUGAUGGGGGAUUCUACUUGGAUUCUUUUUUGGUGACACACUUAGACUCUGAUUGUCACUUAGACUCAGGUAAUGAAGACUUGCCCAGGACUUCAGCCCUGGUAACAUGAAUUUACUUGGAUUUUGAGCUGUGACUCAGACGAGAAAACAGGUAAAGAAGACCUGAUUUGUACUCUGACUAUGAGAACGGGGACUUGACUAUGUUAUGGCUCAGAUAUUUAGGAGUGCGGCUUAUGGAACUGAGGACUUGACUCAGACUCUGACUCAAGUGAUGAGGACUUGACUUUUAUUCAUUGGGUGAUUCAAACUUGUCAUGGACCAGAGCUGGAGUCUUUGGUGACUUGGACUCAGGUAAUGAGGACUUGACUUAGACUAAGUCUUAUGUAUGAAGCACUCAACUUGGACACCAAACUGGAGUAAUACUCAGGUAAUGAAGACUUGACUGAAGUUUGGACCCAGGUAUUAAGGACUUGACUUGUACUGGCUAGCAAAGUGGGAGAUGGACUUGAAUAAUUGGAGACAUAGUUAAAGACCAAGGUAAGAAAGACUUGAUUCAGGCUCAGGCUUAGGCCCAGACUGGGAGUGAGACCCAGGUAAUGAGGACUUGACAGUUAGAGUCCUCAUUGAUUCAGGCCAAGUCAAAUGAGACCAGGUUAAAUCAGGCUGGCCCUGGAAUGGGGCCUGACUUGGAUUGGUUCUGAGAAAAACAAGACUCAGACUUGUACUCAUUGUUGAACACUUGGAAAGUACUUAUAUUCAGGUUAUGAAUUCUUGCUAGUGACUGUCAGAGCUGAAAAUGAAACAUGAGAUGAAAUUCAAGGUUUGCAGGAUAUCGUUUAAUAGGUUAGGUAAAAGAACAAAAAUGAAAAAGAAUCAAAACAUUCAUGUUUCUGUCAUAGUAAAGGGAAUUCAGAUCAGGGCAAAUGUGAGGGGAAGGAAGGGAAGCAACUCCCUCGGUCUCAUCAAAUAUGCACCGUCUGCUCCCCUCGUCUUCUGGCUGUCUCACCCCCUGUCACUCUUUUUUAAGGUGGGGUCAUGAGACCCUCCAUUCAUUACUGUCACUUUAAAUUCCUUCCUCCUUUCCUUUUUUUUCCAGCAUGUCUCUUCGGCCCAUUUUACCUCGUCUAAUUUGCCUAUGACAUUCUGUCCCUGGCCCGUGUAUUUACCCAUUUACAAACCCAAAGUCAACAUUAAUGUGACAGAGAGGGCUUUGCUAUUCCUGAUCCCCUCACUCCAAGACUCCUCACACCUUCUCAUUCCACGAGGCAGGGCUUAAUCAAAAUCGCUGCAUGAACUGCAACGCAAUCAGCAGAGUAAACAUCUCGCUGUCAGCCAAACACAGAUCAACACCAGGGCAGACAUGCAGGCUUGCAUGUAAACCUGUAAAAUCCUUUGUUGUCUUUUGACAACAUGUUUACAUUUUGACCCUGACAUUUAAAAAGUUAAAGGUGUUGUGUAGAAGGACAAAGAGUUUAGUUACAUUUAUUACAAGCAUGCAAAAAAUAAGUCUGUGCAAAUAGCAUCUUCUUUUUUGUAUGACUAAACCUGAAGAUGUAACAUCCUGUCUCUGGGUAGCCUUUCUUCCUCUAUUAUUGUGGAGUGUUUCUUUUUUUAGUUUGUGCAAGGUUAUUUUGUUGUGAUUUUAUGCAUGUUACUUAAAAUAGUUCUCUGAUUCAGAGUGUUUGUACCUCAAAGUACGAGCACGUGCAGACUCUCAAAAACCAUUAUCUGUUCAUUGGGAACUAUAAACAACUCUGUGUGUGUUUGUGUGUGUUUUCAUGCUAUCAAACAAGAGUGAAGACCUGCACACACAAAGAACUAAAUAUUCUGGUAAAUUCCAGAAACAAAGUGUUCAUAGGAGAUACGGAUGUCUUUCCAAAGAGCUGUUAACCAUGUGAAAAGUUACAGAACUGUUCAUUUAUGGUUUGUAUUAAAAUAAGUUCUUUGUACAUCACAUGAUGAUUUUACAUAUGACUCAUAUGUGGUCUCCUGUAGGUCAUAUACGACUGACCCAUCCAUUGUUAGGACAGCCCACCUAAAGCUCUGUUAUUGCUCUUUAUACUCGGUCACCAGAAUCAAACUGAGGGUUUAUGUAAAAAUUAUUCACAACAGCUCAUUUGUGUAUGCCAACCAACACUCUUGACACUUCAGAGCUUAAGUCAAAUUAAAUCAAAACUAUCAUGUAUCAUAAUUAUUGAUGUGCAAUUGAGUCCCCAAACCUCAAGUCAGUGGCUAAUCAAGUGUCUUAAGUGCUCAAGUCUAACUUGAGUCUGGUUAAUGAAAGAAGAAUCCAGGUUGAGUUUAAGUUGAGUCCUUAAUGUUAAAGUUAUUGUUGAUCAUAAUAGUUUGGUCCCAAAUGUGGAACUACUGCAACAAGCAAACUGAACAUAAAACAUGCAAGAAUCAAGCGACCAUGUUUCUCUAUACUGGUUCUUAAUGAUAAAAUAAGCAUGGCCACAAUAUCUAGUCACAAUCUGUCCAGCAGCAACAUUAACUUAUACAGGAGGCGCAGAUGUUUCUGGUAUGCAGAUAUGUGCCUGCUUUGCCCGUCUGGGGAGUCUCACUGUAUUGACUUAUCACCAGUCUGUCAGUUUUGUCUCCAAAGACAGAGUAAGGUUUGGUUAUAAUGCUCCCAAUGUCUGUGUCCAUAGCCACAACUGUUGUGUACUGCACCCAAAAAGAGCUUGGAGCAGAGCUGCUCAGAAAUCAAGCUUAAGAUAUGUUUUCAAGUAAUUGACAUCUCUAACUUUUACUUAAUGAAGAGAAACUGGAUGUUGUCCUGGCCGACACAGCUAACAGCACAGUUAACUAAAAAUUCCUGUAGAAGGCAGCUGUAAAAACCAGCGUAACACAAGAGAGAUGACUUCAAUACAUUAAAAACAGAAGAAUUAAUAACAUUUUAUGAUAAUGAAAAGUUAACAGAAGCCAAGAGGAGUGAAAAGAAAUAAGUCAAAGCAAUAACCAAAGGAUUAAAUGGAUUGGUUUUGAGUUUUCAAAGACAAUCCAAGAUGAAACCACUCUAUUACAGCAAAACCACUUCAACUUUAACAAAGCAAUUCCCCAACCCGAACUCACAGUGCCCUAGCACUCAUUAACCAAUCACGACUGGGUCAGGGUUCACACUCAAGGCCUCAAAUCCCAAAGAUAGAAACACAACAUGGAAGUAUCAUGGGACUGUCCUCUGGAUCGAUGGGACAGGUAGGUUCUGACGACCAGCAGCCUGUCCUGUGAGGCCUGGGUAAUGGAUAGGCUGGGAACUCAGUUGAUAGCACGGAUUAUGUGCACUGGGCACUAAAGACAUGAGUAGAGGUAUCAAGGGUUGAGGUGAGGCAGUGCCAAGAUCAAUAGCUCAUUACACGGUGCCGUUGGGCCAGGCUCCAGAGGCGAGACCGGCAGUCCAAUCUGGGGGAUUACUUCAGUGAUUGUCAGGGAGAUGGAGAGACAGCCUGGCCCAUGUAGGAGGCUGGGACCGGGACUCUGUGGGCUUUCAGGGUAAAAGAAUGAUUUCUCUGGGGACACGACUGUAGCACAUGGCACAAUGGAGCUCAGAGUAAUAUAGCUUGGAAAUAGUUAUGCAAAGAAGAUGAAUCCAAUCUCUCACAUGGUUAUUUCUUUAUAUGGGCUGCUUGUGCGCUGCAUAUGUCUUUUUCUUGCAUACAAAGAAAUAUUUACUCAUAACUUACUGCUCUCUUUCCCCUUUUCUUUUGUUCCAAUAGUUUGGCAGAACAGAGGUCAUCGACAACACUAGGAAUCCAGAUUUUGUCAGAAAAUUUGUUCUGGAUUUCUUCUUUGAGGAGAAACAGAAUCUAAGGUUUGAUGUGUAAGUAGUCCUUCCACUUGUUUGAUUGGACAUAAAAUGAUUUAAUUUCAGACCUGGGUACUCUGAGCUUUGUAAACACCACAAUGUGGAUUUAGAGUAACAGAGCAAAGGUAUGUGGCCAGGCAAUUUCUCUCUCUGUGGUUCUUGGUAAAACGAUUAUUUCACCUGAUUAGGAUUAAUGAACAGGUCAAUCUCUGCUAGAAUUGGAUGUCCAAUCAGGGAAGGAGAAUUUUCAAAAUGGACCCUCUCCAGGCCCACUCGAGAGCCCAGCUGAUUGAAUUAGUGUCUGUUUACCCACUUUGCUAUUCUGCUCAGCUCACCUUGCUGCUAUCCUUGAUCAAUGCUGAGAAAGAUCCCUCACAUGCCCGAGUAGCUUUAAUCAAGGCACAGAAAUGUGCUUUUAUUACUCACUGGAGUGUGCAGGACAGCGGCUUAUAUUGCAUGUGAACAUAAAAUGAAACACUGCCACUGUUUGUGAUGAUGCUAUUAUGUUGGUGUUAUGCAUAAUUUAACCUCAAAGUGUCCCUCCUACUGUCUGCAAGGUCGUUUUAGAUGUUCAGAUGUUCCAAGUACUAAGUUGGUUGUGAAACAAUCCACAUACUAAUGCAGGGAGAGGCCAUAAGCACUAAAAUAUAUACAACACUUUUAGACAUCCUAUUCUUAAUGCUUUUUAAAGGAAUUGUUCAUUAUUUUUUGAUGAUUUUUUAAAUGAAAGUAAAAAAUAAAAACAAACAAACAAACAAACAAAAAACUGUUUAAAUCUACAAUAUGUGCUGCUUUUUGGCCAACCUGCAUCAUUACUUGGAAAGACGGUGGCUUUAAAGACCUUAUAUGUGCUUUUCAAGCCAGAAAUCCAGCCCUCACCUUGGCCUAAACUGCAACAGUGGAAGCUACAUCCCAUAAUAUGACUGAAUGCAAAUGGAAGUAAACAGGCUGGCAAACAUCAAGUUAUUAAAACUAUACAGCAUACUGAAGGCUAAUUAAUAGUAUAUGACAAAUAAGCUAAUUAAAGCUCCUGUGAAAAACUUUUCUUUUGGAGCAAAUUUGGCGCCCCCUGUGGACACCCUGCUAACUUUUGAGGUCAAAUACAUUAAUUAUCAGGUAUAUUUUGUAUAGAAAUUGUAAACGUACUAUUUAUUGGUUAAAGAGCUUGACACCACAACUCGCAACAGGAGCUUUAAUUUAUUUCCCAGUAAACAGGGGUCUGACUGGUGGUGUCCACUUACUGAACUUAAAAAGAGAAUAGACAGCUUGUUAGUGGACAAUCCACUUGCUCAUCUACCUCACAGUGUGGUAGCAAGCUGACAAAUUAAACAGACCAAGUAAUGAAACAUCACUGGAGUUCUCAUCACUACAGUCGACUGUUUUCUCCGUAGGGAAAAGCCAACAACAAUCCUUACCAACAUGCUGGAUAAAUAAAUCAAUGUAACAGGUUCGGUAUAGUGAGGGCGAAGGCAGACACUUUCAGCUAAUUAAAACUAGCUUAUCGAUAAAGUCAAACAGACACAGGCUAUUUGGACACUCUGCCCGUUCAAUAAGUCUUACAGUACGACGCUGUUUAUUGGAUAAUUGAAUGGAACAAAAAUCUCCAGUAGGCCCCAACACAAUGACCAAGAGGUUAUUGAACUAGUCCAGGUUCAAGUUGGCUCUAUAAUGAACCUGACUGGUUUAAGAAUAGGCAAAGAGUUUGAGCUUAGGCUGGCUUUUGGCUUGGCUGACACAUUGAGCACAUACAGUAUUUCCUGCAGUGCUCCUCACAAAAGUCAUAUGAUGUUGUCAGCUGAUUUAUGAACACUUAGGCCCCUACAUUUAUGACAAUAACCGACAUCAUUUUGCUCAUGUCAAUAUAUUCUGUGCCAAAUAAAUAAAUAAAAGUUGGUUUUGGAUGUGUGUAGGUAGGCUAUGGUCUCAUGUCCCUUUAAGAUGUUGUCCUACAAUGGAGACAUGACUCCACCCUAUAUCCAGUCAGUGACAAAGAGGGAAAGACAAGUGAGGAGAUGGAGGACGAUUCAAAAGUUAUAGUUGCUGGAGCGGUGGCUGAAGUAGACAAAGUUAAUGUGGGAGAGAGUGACCUGCAUGUGGAGUAGUUAUCGUCCAUUUAUUGUUAUCGAGGUGAACUGCUCAAUAUAGUGGGAUAUUGAUUUGAGGCCAUAUCGCCCAGCCCCACUGACAGCAUAAAAGCCCCCCCACCCUGGUUUAGCUCACUCCCUGAUCAUUGCUCGCCCCUUAUCCAACGUUAGUAUCUGCUGCUCUCUGAGUGGAUGACUUUGGCUUUUUUCCAGUCCAUGAUGUGAUUUCCUCUCUUGCAGUGGUUUGAGAUGGCUGAUCAAGUGGUCUUUUGUAUUAGUGUCUACAAUACAGCUGAAAAUUUUUAGAUUAUAAAACCUGUAAAAUAUGAAAGGAAAUUUGUGUCACAUGCUGAUGAAUUAUAACAGGAAAAAUAGUGUUCCUGGAUGUAAAAUCUGUUCAUAAAGCUCCUGUCGGUGCUCAUUUGUCUUAAAUCUUGUUAAAUUUGAUGCCACCAGCUUCAAUGGUCUUACCACAUGUUUGUUUCUAACAGGUACAAUGUGGACUCCAGAAGCUGUAACAUUUCCAAACACGUAAGUACAGUAUGUCAAACUCUACUGACAGCUUUGACUCAGCACUGACGACUCCUGUCACUCUCCAAAACAGAUCCCAUUAAGCUCAGCAUUACUCACGCUGUUAAAGCUCAUUUACAGUGAAUGAGUGAGGGAGCUAAUGAUGAUUCAGUCUAUUGUUUAGUCUGCUCUGACAGAACCGUGUAAAUGCCGUUUUUUGACAAAGCCUUUUCUUUCUUUCUUUCUUUCUCCACAAAAUCAACUCAUGGGGAGAGCAGAAGGUGAGUGCUGUGUAUGCAGAUUGUAUUAUCCUCAUGAGUCAUGGUAUUGUAAUGUCCUUCAUUCAUUCCACAUUUUAUUUCCCACUAUAUUCUCAAGCUUCCUGAAGAGACUUGUGAUUAUUUUGUGUUUCAUCUACUUUAAUUUUAUCCUAUAUUUCUCCGAUUCUUCUCUCAUCUCAUUUCAUGAAGGACAAACACCACCAGCUCCCACCCGGAAAGCCUCCCUCGUAAUGUUCCUCCCCAUUUUGUCUGUCCGCAUUUUAUCUUUGGCUCAGGUAAAGCUAUUUUCACAACUUCAAAGUGCAGGCAGCUGUUGUUGUUUGAGACAGUGUACUACAGCAGAUUGUGCAUGUCAGGACAUUUAAAGGAGCUCCACACAUUCAGUUCAUGGGGACGCACACCUACACCUGCUCACACUCACCCACAACAAACAUCAACACACAGCGCUCUGCCCUUGUUGUUGUGCAGGAGGCUUAUUGUGUCAUUUCAUCUCCCAUCUUUUUAGGUUUGCCAUAUGUUCCUCUUUGUAGAGCGUGGGCUCUUUAGAAACUUCAACAUCUUUUGUUCAGUAAAUAUGCUGAUUUAAGAGGAAAGUCUGUCAGAUGCAAAUGUGUUCCUUUUAAAAAAGAAUAAAUAAUGCGCCCCAUGCAGCGUCCUUGGGGGCGUGACCUAGUUGAAUCAUGCGUGCUCAUGUAAAAUGUGGGAUUACACCCUAAAUUAAAAGUUUAAUUUAAAAUGACAUUUCAAUAAUAAGAGAUUGAACUCUAAUAUGAUUUUAACAACCUUAAUAUCUCUCUUACUAUCCCUACUGGUUUUAUAGUCUUUUAUAAUUGCUACUGAGUCUUAGUGUUAACUCUGUUUAUUAAAGCACAGGAGCUCCGGAAAUCUGUGGAGGAAUUAGACACUGUUCAUAUAUUUUAAUGGGCAGCCUCCUCAGAGUUAACUGGUAAAGUUAAAGGCUGAAAAAGUUUGAGGACCCUCAGAGUAAUUAGAUAUCAGUAUGGGAUGGAAAGACUGAAGAACAUUUGUAUCAAUACACGGACAUGUAUGGGCAAGAUGUCGACAGGAAAUGAGUUCAUUGGUGAAGCAAGGGCGCGAUUAAGAAAUGAAAUCUAGAUGCAUUGGUCAUUAAAUGUUUGCAAAGAAAUUCAAUAAUAGACAUUCACUGCAUCUAUUUAUAAACUGGACCAAUCCCUUUAAACGAACCUUGUUAUAUUAUUUUGCAAAUGAACAUCAAUGUAUCAAAGAACAGAGGAGCUGUGCAAGAAUGAGGUAACACCUGUGAGGUCGCUCGGGCAGUCAACUUGAGCUGCACUGGUUUCACACUUGAUAUUCAUCAUUACAUGACAAGCACAGCCGUAAGACUUUCCGGUCUCUGCUUUCCAACGCCUCCACUGCCAUGCUUAAGUGUAACACUCACAUAUUCAGCCCCAUCACCACCACCCCUGCAUCCACCUGCACCUGGAGCCUUUAAGAUUUUGUCUCAUAAAUUCUCAGUUUCUGCAAGCAAAAGUAAAACUGGGAUGAGUGAUGAAGUUGCCAAACACAAAUAACUUUCUGCUGUUGGUGCUGCUGCAAUAAAGUAAACAGUAGCCUACAUAGCAGAGUUGUCUGACUGAUCCAACAUUUUCACGUUUUUAGAUCAAAACAUUCAACACUACGGGUUUUACAGGAGUCCGGAAACUUGACAAGUCAGAUGCAUUUUACAGAAUGUGCCAUGCAUGUACGUAAACAGUACAACUAACGUCAUAACGACCCUGCAGCAGAUGCUUUGUAACCACAGAGGUGUCUGCCAGUGCCCUGCACUGCCCCUGGUUUGAUUUAUGUACGGAUAUUAACCGUAGUGGUGGGCAGAGUAUUUAUUUUGCAUGCCCUAUUGGCUCAUAACUCCUCUUGUUCAAAGACAAUAACUGACAUGAAGGCUGCCUUAAUUUGUGUAGAUGUUAGACUUUACACUGCUAAUAUUUGGUCACCUUUUUUUUUCAUUUAAAAGCAGUUAUAAAGUCAUAAACAGAAAAUUUCUCUGAAAUUGCAUGUGGCUGGAAGUGGCUGCAUUUGUGAAUUAGACAUUUCCGCAAAGCAAGGUGCCAGUUUUCACUCACAUUUAUGCAGAGCAGCUCAUUUCAACAUGUGCAUAAAAAAACACCAAAUCAAAGAGACACUAUUUGCUCAGCAGCACAGCUUUAGGUACAUCUAUGGGCUUUUUGAAUGAGGUAUAGUCAGUACAGUUUUUUCUUGGUGCAAAAGUUGCACAACCUCUUCGUGAAUCAGGCUCUUAAUAUGCUGAAGUAUAUUUUCAGUGUGAUCAUGCAGGCUUGCAAGAGAUAGGAAUAAAGAAGUGCCCCUCUAAUCUAGCUAACUUAAAGGCCUUAAUGACUACAAAUGAUGCAAACUACUGCUCACAGCAAGAAAGAGCAAUGGUUAAAAGCUACUGCUUCAACUCCCUUGUUUGAUUUUCUACAAUUAGAUUCCUUCUGAGAGAGCAGGGUGGGGAUAGUCUCAGCAGGAAUCUAAUUGUAGUUAAGUACAUAAUGACCCUUAAAGAAACGCAGUACAUGUUAAAUUUGUACAACUUGAAGCUCUAAAGGAGUUUCUGCUGGUUUAAAAGCAUAACAGUGACUUUGUAUGACCCACAAAGCAAACAAGACCAUCUGGAGGAGUGAUUAUUUCUAUAAUAGACUUUUACUAAUGUCUGUCACUGCUGUGAACAGGUUUGUGUCAGACAAUUUGUCAGUUUGUUAGACAAAUAACGCGACUCAUAGCUAGAAACACUUUAUCUGCAUCUCAGAUUCAAGAUGACUGAAGCUUUGGAUCAUUUAAAGAAAAGGACACCAAAAAGUUUCUUGUGAACAAUGGGAAAAGUUAAAAUAACCCUUAAAUGUGUCAGUGUUACCAUUUCUCUGUCUGCAGACUGUUUUAAAUUGACUUGUAGCGCCUUGUUUGAAACCCAGACUGUCUUUUCAUGUAAUUAAUUCCCUCUUCUCUAUCUAUCUUUUCUCAGGACUUUCUGGGCCAGACCUUCUGCACCCUGGGAGAAAUUAUCGGCUCCACCGGAGGACGACUGGAGAAGACCUUAUCGUAAGUCCCUCAACAUUCUUUCUGUUCAAUUACAAAAAAUGUGUUUCUCUGCUUUUCUCUCAGCUGUUGAGUCAUUUUAUGAUCCUGCACAUAAAUAAUUCUGGAGACUGGCAAAGUGAGAGAGAGAGAUGGAUCUCUGUCUGUCUCUAGUUCCAUAUUUAUUGAUGGCUGCUGUGGGAAACAUCAUUUUCUGAUCCAUCACACUAAUGUGAUGUGUAUAGACUCACCAAGUUGAAAUAGCCUAAUCUAUUAUAUUGCUAAAUCAGCGAGUGAGAGGCCAGAUGAGGUGGCUGCAUCAUUGCACACUGAGCUGUUGUUGUUGAAGUAGUGUGUUGAAGAGUUUAGUGAUAAUACACAAAAGGAGCUGAAGCCUGCAGACAUGAGUUUGUGGUGUAGAAGUAAUAUAUCUUUGGAUACUGACAGAUAUGUUUGCUUGGUUUUACGGAUAGUAGAUGUUUUUCUCUCAAAGUCAAAAGAAAAGAUGGUGAAUGUAACAAACCCACAAAACCCCACGCCUAUUCAUCUCCGCAGCAUUUAAUAACGCAUUGUAUCAGAGGAAUGAAUGCUUGGAGACACAAAGAGAUGGAUUUGAGUCCUUUUUUCACAAAAUGAGACAUCCUGUGGAGACAAAAAAAUGCCAAAAAAGUCAACAAAAAAAUGAGAAAUGGAUGUGGAAAUUUACACGGGAAUAAACAAAAGAGAAACAAGUUAAUAGAAACAUUUGGGGAAAUCAUUUUUCACUCAAUAGCUUAGCUCUUCAAGAGAAAUUGAAACUCGCAAGACACAAAGUACUCAUAUAUUUUGUUAUUUGUCAAGUCAAAUUUGCUGUUAAUAGUAAAACCCGAAAUGAAAUUAACACAGUUCUCCAAAGUGCUGUGUGAGCUUAAAUCACAAAAUAAAAUUAAAGCAGCAAAGAACAGAUCCACACACCUCUGAGGUGAGGUAACAGCAUUGGUCAUGCAACAGCUGCAACCGUGGCCCAGGGCUGGUCCUUACAGCAGGAAGUAAAUGCACAUUAAUGAGUGAACAGGCUAAGACUGUCACUUUACAUCUGUGGCUAAAAGAACAUAAACUGUGUAGCCCCAGAGUAGAUGGAGCUAAAACGUAAAAAAACAAAACAAAAAACAUCAUCUGUUGUUACAAGGGCACAAGUAAAACUGUCAACAGAAUUAAUGUACUUUGUUUGUUUGAGUUAAUGCCACCUGUUUCCAAUAGGUGGCAGUAUCACUGACAAAAAUAUGUAUGUGGAAGAGUUCAGAUCAGAACUGUAAUAAAUCGUGUGAAAUUUGGAGCAGAUUGGACCAUAUAUGUGAAGACUAAGACCACAUUGCUCCACAGGGUGGCGCUAUGAGUGUAAUCAAAACCUGAGCAUGUAGGUUAGUUUAAGGGUUGACAUUGACCAUGUAUAUAGAAUAUGGAACAAACUGAAGACUGUUUGAGGAAAAUGCAUGAAUGUUUGAUGGCGAACAUCACUACCUGUUAAAUAGACAAAAAUUAUGAUAUUUAACUGAAAUUUAUGGACUUCCUGUCGGGUUAAUGGGGCGCUCACACCAAGCACGAGUAAAAUCAUCUACUCGCUUAAUUCACGCGAAUCUAGAUGCAUGAAUGAACAGUAUUUACUUGCUUCAUUCUUGCGUCAGCGGUAAUUUCAAUGGCAAUUCCUGACAACUCAACCAGUGGUAUCAAGUAAUAGACAAAGUUUUUUUACAACUUACCAGGUAAUCCGACUUCCUCACUCACUUGCCUUUAGGCAAGCUCCUUUUUAUUCCGCUUCCGAUAAUUGAAAAAAAAGGUAUCAAAUAAUUUAAGGGAACCGACACACCAACACCAUCAGUUUGUCUUCCAUUACCACCAUUACCAGUGAACACCGUCCAUUUUCAUACAUCACCUGGCAACCUUUGUACUGAUUAGUUAUCGCGGCACAAAUAUCUGCUCAAGUUGAGACAUUUUCAGCUCCAGCCCAAUUUGCGUCAUUCGCGCCACCAGAGGAGUAGGCAUGACUAAUCGCGUCUUUGCAUUGACUUGUAACAUGUAACAUAAGAGGAUGGGUCCAAAAUAAUUUUUUUGUAGUUCUUGGUGAUACUGUACAUAUGUAUAGUAAAUUUCAUACAUGUGAGUUGAGCCCUGUGAGGGGUUGGUUUUUCAAAUUUAGGGGGCGCUGUUGAGCCAGUGAUCUAUCAAAACAUAUCUAAUUCAUUACCAGGCCUGAUGCAAGCGUGAAGUAAGGCUCUACUUCUCCUCCCUGUCAGAUGACAGCAGAGAAGACUAAUCUACAACAAAAUACAAGGCUGACAAGAUACAAGAUUCAGUAUAAGACUUAAAGGACUGCUGCAACAAGCAGGGACAAAAAUAUUCAUGACUGCAGCACAUUGAUUUGUGCAUGGAUUGAUUCUACUGAGAAAUAAAGUGAAUUUCUACAAUCACUGAGGCAAAGAUGAUGUAGCUUGCCUAACAUUUUAUUAACAAGAGUCAGGGACUUGCUGAAGAGAAGGCUAAGUGGUCUAUAGUGGAGCUUUGUUUGUGAGUUGGUUCUGACCUACGGCGUGUGCUUGUCUGUUUAUCAUCACAGUGUAAACCGCAGCGCUCCUCUAAUGUGUUCAGGGAGGUGUUUAGAUUUGUAUCACCAGAUGGCUAUGGGGCUGCCUUUAGAUAACAGAGAGCCGGGGGCAUACUUUUGUUAGAAGACCCUGGAGCAGGAAUUAUGGCAUGAAACGUUGGGAUUUGUGUAAAGUUGAAUAUAUUAGUUUCUACUAAUUGCACACAGAAAAAACAGUCGAUGUGGGUACCAAAAUAGAGGGAAAGCAAUAUCCUUAAAGGUGGGGUCGGCAGGAUUGCGUUCAAGAAGCAUCUUUUUUUGUGGUGUAUAUCCAAAAAAGCUUUUAAUAUCAGUCAAUAGCUGUUCGUUAUUGAUGACAUUUGGUAAUAUAAUGAUAUUGCUGUGUUUUGUUAUGUCUGAGUAGUCAACAUUUUUAAUUUUUUGAGCAGCCCGCUCUUUGUCACUGUAAACACCAUCAAUGCUUUUUACUUUCACAUUGACUGGGCCCCAUUUGUAAUCAUCUUAAGUAUUUAUCUGCAUUAAACCUGAAUUUAAUUGAAACAAUACAAGCGAGCAGGAGCGUCUGUUUGUGGGCGGGGCUUGCUGGAGCAGAGAGGGAGGGGAGAAGAGGAGCUGAUGGGAAAAGUGGUUGGCGGGGUUAGUUUUCACAUUCAAGAUUUCUCCCAAAAACUGGCACUUCCUCAGAUCCUGCCUACCCCACCUUUAAUGUAACUGUGGUGGACCAGCUCUUUAGCUGAAUGUAAUACAAACAGAAAUUUCAUUUCCAACAGGUUAGUAAUAUGACUCUGUAUUAAAAGGGCAUUCAGAGAGGCUGAGUCUCUGAGAAAUAAAGAUCACCACUCUGUGAGAGACCGUGUAAGCAAUUAAUUCAACAGUUUCACAAUAAUGUCUCUGAGUGUCAAGUCUGUAAGAAUGAGUGGAUUUCAUUAUCUAUAGUAAAAAAUAAUAAUACUUGAUGGCUGAUCUUCGGCCCCUUGGACAGCACUGCGUUAAAACAGAUCCGUCUCUAAAGUGGAAAUCACUGCUUGGGCUAAAAGUCACUCUCAAAAACCACUGUCUGUUUAAAGCCAGUAUCCCUGAUGGUAUGGGGAUCAUCAGAGUCCAUGUCAUGGGUACAGCUUUUUCAGGGAAGACUUUCAGAUUAUAGCAAGACAAUGACCAACCACAUUCUGCAGGGAUUACAACAGCAUGGCUCUCUAGUAGAAGAGUCCUGCUGCUGACGUCUACAUCACUCCUCAAAAACAUUUGAGGUGUAAUGAAACAAAAAAUAUGACAGUCACUGAAAUGCUGAGUAGCUGAAAUUCGCUAAAGCUUUGGUGGUGUUGGUCACGGAUGUUUAGCUCAACAAACAGACGAACUUCUAUGCCUAUUAAAUAACACCUCUAACAAAUGAUAAAUUCAAUCUGUCAACAGGAAAGUCUAGCUGGCUCUAUAUUUUGCUCUGCAGUGGUGUGUAUGAAUCACUGCCUCUGAUUUCAUCCAGGCUUGGUAGUGAGCCGGCUUGGGUCCAGUUUACAGCCCCUACAGCUGCCCCACUGCCAGUAUAGCAUGUUUCAGAAAGCUUAUCAUGCUCAGACAGACCAAACAUUCAUCCAGUUUUGAUCCACUGUCAACAAAAAUACCGCAUUGCUGGACAAACCAGAGGGGAGAAAAACGAAAGAAUGAUAGACUAGAAAUAUGUUUGAAAUCCGGAAAUAUAGACAUGUAAGCUAUAAUUAAACUAGCGUCUCCUUGAAGAUCUUCAGUAUGUCUCCUUUUCAGGCCUGCAGACACUAACAGACAUGCAUACAUGUUGGCAAACUAGACAGAUUCAUCGAUUUCUGUCUCUCCUUUUUUUUUUCAAUGAGACAGACUUUUUAAGACAGGGACAAUCACUCACACUUGUCUAAAAUUUGCCAUAAGCUCCACGUGAUUAAUCACAGUAUUAUUAUAUCAUUAAUGGAAUUCACCUUGAGGAGAGAAAUGAAGAAAGUGACAUGAGAGAGAGGUUACAUACAAUAAGACCCCUGUCUGAGGAGGAGCGUUAAUGAUUUAUGUUGUGAUUAAUACGUAACACAGGAGCUUGAAGACACUGACAGGAAAGGUGUGCAGGUCUGAAAUCAUGUGCAUUAGCCUUUCAGUGUGGUAAAUGGCAGAAAGCAUCUGCUGCUCUCACAGCUGGUGUUUUAUCGCAGAAAUAUAUUUCAGAUCUGACUCAUAAAAGUUCUUUAAGGAGACAGCAGGGAGGUCUGAGGUGCAUGACCAAUUACACUCCAGUCUAUUGAUGAUUUAAGACAUAUCACAGAAAUAUGAUUGUAAUUAUUGAUGGUUACUAGAUAUUUUAAAGUUUCUUUUCACUCUGAACUAAAUUUAAAUCAACUUGAAGUUUUUAAGGUGCCGGCAGCACAGAGUCUUUUUUGAAUCUGUCAGCAUGACACUAAUAUACAGGGGUGGAAAAAAAAUAAUGUUCCCCAGCAUUGUUCAGUACUUUCCAAUGAUUACCUUGUUCUAUUUCUCCCCAAUGUGCUCUGUUCCUGUCUUGUGUGAAUUAUGAAGUUCACAGUAAGAUUUUAUCCUGGUUGAAACCCAAGAGCCUCUGAAAACCUGAUCGUAAAAGAAAUUAACAGGUUGAAAAAUGUUUAUAGAAAUUUGUGGUUCGAGAGUCUUUUAAAGCCGUUACUUCACUGAAAGACAGUCUGGAAAAAUCGUAACUCUUUUGAAAUGUGUUGCUUUGAUAUAAACCAGCAUUAAUUUUGAUAAACAAAAACGUAUUUCAGUUCCAGCAUUUCACAUGUUCUCAUUUCAAAGUUUUGGAGUGAAAUUUAGGGUCCAAAAAAAAAAAAACUCUCAAAUUUUAUUUUAUGAAAAUCUUACACUCCAACCCAAUUAUUUGGAAAUGGGUUUUUGAUGUUUGGUGAUGUUCAAGCACUAACACUAUAGGUUAAGUAAACUGUCAUGGAUCUGGUAGAAACAUGGUCAAUCCAGGACCCGUGAGCCCACUCUCUCAGCUUUGAAACACCAUCACCCCAGUUCCUCCAGACUGACCUAGAUUUCAUUUUUGAGGCCAAUUAAACCAAACUGUCUGAGGGUCAAACAUUCAUUAUAUUUCCAGAGGUUUGAGUUUUUAAUCACCUUCAAAAAAUGCUUAAAAUAUGAUUUUUUCAAUAAAGUUUCAUCAUUUAUUCAUUUAUAUUUUUGGUCAUCCUUGGAUAGGCCCUACAGUGAUGUUUCCAGUCAUCCCAAUCAUCCAUGCAUCUGGUCAGUUCAUCAGUUCUCACUGUGCCAGCGUCUCUCCUGAGAAUAUCCACUCAUGUUGACAUAUGUUGCAGGACGUCCUUGUGGUGGGUUCCCACGUGUUGGCUCUCACAGCAGCAGUUUGCUGGCUGGGAGCUCCCGAUGUCUCUGGCACUGACUAUCCAGCCUCAUCAGCCGGGUUGUUAUUUUCUCACUCACCCACGAUACCCCUUCAUAUAGACAUUUGAUGUACACAUUGUCAGUUUUGUUGCAUCAGUAUAAAUUUCAAUCCGUGUCAUAACCCCGUUCAAAACUCUGUGAAGUAGCGCCAAGUUAAAUUCCUUAAAUUCUCACUGAUCUAACAGGAUAACAGGGUUGCAGAUCAGUUUUGUCUUUCCUCAGUCGGUCUCAAAUGAGCUCAGAGCUUUCUGCACAUGCUCCAGGAUUUGACCAGGAAGUCCAGAAGCAUAAACUUGUUGGAGGAAGUUUGGUUUUAUGACUGUAGUUUGAUUGAAAUGUUUUGUUUCAUGCUCUAUCAGGCAUUUUAGAGUUUUAUGCUGAUACUGAGGUGAUGACAGCAUUUUUAGGGAUACACAGCUGGGAAAUUGCAGUCCGUAAAACAAAACCGAAGGAUUAGAGACACCACAACCCUUUUGCAGAGCCAAGUAGUAAGUAGAGCCCUUAAAUCCACCGAUAUAUAUCCACUUCCAGCCGUAGAAAACAGAGAAAUUUUUGGCUGUUUAAAAAUCAAAGCUCUAAGAAACUAAAGGUCUGUCUGUCUUCCUGUUUUCUGGCUUUGAAAAGGUUGCUUUCACUCAGUACCAGAGGUGGACAGACUGUGAUUUAGAAGAGGUUAAAAGUGAUAAUCCAUCUGUUAUAUGAUGAUCCCCAAUGUCAUCUUUUCAACAAAAUAUCAAAAAUGUCCCUGAGCCUGUCCUUGUUUACAUAUAAAGUGCUUUCAGCUGGUUUGUUAUUAUUAAGAAUGAUUAAACUUCAAAACCUUGAACAGUUUUUCCUUCAUUGCUGCUUACAACAGUGCACAUCUAGUGUGAGAUAAACAUCCAGCCGUAUCUAACAUUUUAUGUCCCCUAAUCCCAACAUAAUGCUGGUUCUCUGCCUCGUAUCUCGAUUGUUCUCUGCCAUGCCUUAAAAAUCUUAAAAUACCUGAGACAAAAAUACCCGCUGGCCUCAAUUCCCUUUAAAGAGCAGUUUUGAAUUUAAAACACAGCCAAACAACAAAGUAGAGAUACACAACUGCCACAUUAUUCCCCAAUGGUCCAUCCAUACACCUCAUGUCCGCAGCUUUGUCACAAAAAUACCUCCUCCCCUCCCCUCUCUGAGCAGUUUGUCUUUUUGUGGCCCAAAGGAAGAAAAAAGCAAAAGCAAAAAGAGAACAGCAGCAGAAAAAUGUUUGUCAGGAGGCUAAAAAAAGAAAAGGUAAAAGGCACAAUAAAAGACCAGCGGAGCGCAAUCUCUAUUCUUCCCAUAUGGUCAGUGUCUCUGAUGGCUGCCUGCAGGGAAUAGACAGCUGUCUGCAGCCUCUGUAAGAUCAGACACCGCAGAGCCCAGGGGGGGAAACAAUGGGGGAGGAAGAGGAGUAAAGGAGACAUAGAGAGUGAGAGGGAAGGAUGUGAAGGGGUGACAACAAGUAGACAAGGAAGAAAGGGAGGGAAGAGGGAACAGAAAGCGAGUCACCAGAGCGAAGAAGAGGGAGGAAGAAAAGGAAGAAAUGUGAUGAAGUUCGGGGUAAAGGAGUGGGUGCAGUAGAAAGCGGGAGAUGGAUGCGGUGACAAGAACAAGUUUCCUGAGAGAGAUAGAUUUGUGUUUACUUUCCAAACUGUGCAGCACUUCCUCCCUCCCUCUUUCUCUCCCCCUCUCUCUCUCACUCUCUCUGUAUUCUGUCAUUUAGAGGAAUCUCUUUGCCAGCCCAGCACACACUCACACUCUGAGAAACACAUAAAUAAAGCUCGGACAGAGACAUCACAGACCCGUAUAUAAAAAAAACUUGUGUUAUUGAUUUUUUUCUGCAUCCCUUUCCAUCAAAAACACACACAAACACACACAUUCACACACUCACACACUCACACACAGAAGAGUCUAAAACGUAUACAUGGCUGUGGUAGCCUCCACAUGUUGGUGGGUGUAUGUUUUUAUAGGUCAACACUUUUAGAAACUGGUUUCAUGCUGCGUGGCAAACCAAGCACUCCUUUCCACUUACCUGGGAGUUGCCAUGGUUACCCAGGGGGCUAUUAGCCGAGGCGGUUGGGGUAUAACAAUGAUCCCAAAACGCACUCCUUUGAAAGUAUAAAUGGGCGCUCGUUUGGAUGCCUUUUAUGGAUACUCAUGAAGAACUGGAGGUAUUUUUGAACUGAAAUGAUUAUUUUCCAGAGAAAGUGCAGUGCAUUAACUUUCAUACAGAGUAUCUGAUUUAUAAAAUUCGAAUAAAACCUACAGUACGAUAAGCUUUCUGAGCAUAAACUGAAAUUCGAAACAUGACUUGCAGUUGACAAGCGAGCAGAAAGCAGACAGAUCACCCAUUUGUUGGUUAAUGUAAAGAAACGAGGCUGAUCUGUGAACAAUCUCACACGCUGCCACUUGCUUAGAUGUAGAUUGAUGAGGUGGAGAGCAGACUAAACAAGAUGUCUGCAUGGCUGCUGAUGCUUUCUGGGUGUAUGGCGGCACACCAGCCUGUGUAUCGUUAAAUAAAAGCUAUCUGAGUUUGGCUGCUAGGUAUCGUCAUCUGUCAGAGCUGAGAGUCAGAGGGCACGGUGUGUAAUAGGGGGCUCUUGGUGGGAGGCCUUCUGCCCCACACACACACAGACUCAUACUGUAAAGUACUGCAACACAUAGGCAGAAAAUAGUCAGCCACACAGAAUAACAGGAUUUGUCUCCGUGAGAGGUAGAAAACAGUGUGGGAUUGCUGGUAGUGCUGGUGUAUCACAAUUACUGAGCUGCUGGCUGUGCAGGAUACAAAUGUUGUUUUGUUGAAUCAUGUACAAUAUAAAUGUAAAAGUAUUUCAUCCUUUCAUAGAUGGGGUGCAACGUACUUUGCAUAAAAAUAAAGUGAAGAGACAAAAAAGUUUGUGUGGCAAUCUGAAGCUAUGUGCAUGCAGAUUUGAAUAUUUUAAAACCUUUUUUUUUUUCUUGUCUAAAAAAAAAAAACUUUCUAUAGCAGAGGUGCUUUCAGUAUUUUUCUGUGUAUGAGAUCAUGCAUUAAAGGUGGGGUAGGCAGGAUUCCGUUAAAGAAGCAUCCUUUUUUUGUGGUAUAUAUACCACAAAAAAGGGGCUUUUAAUAUCAGUUAUUAGUUAUUGAUGACAUUUGGUAAUAUAACGAUAUCGCUGUGUUUUGUUAUGUCGUUGAAAUCAACAUUUUUAAUUUUUUGAGCAGCCCGCUCUUUCUGAUUGUAAACAAAGCCAUUCUCCACCUCCCCCAACUGGACUGGUUGUGAGGCAGAUGCUGCUUCUUCCUGCUGAUUGGUUUGAAGCAGACGCUGAUCCUUCGUGCUGAUUGGUUGUGAGGCAAACGCUGCUCCCUCAUGUUGUGAGGCACUCUCCACGUCCUUGAAUAACAUUCACGAGCCCAAACAAAGUUAGUGUGCUACAAUAUCUGACAGUAGAAACUAACCAGAAAGUACAGAAAACACAUCAAGAAAACAAAGUAAAUACCUGCAACUCUGGUGGAAUAACGGGCACUUAAAAAGGAGGUAGACUCAUGUACUCGUGUUAGUUGAGAUCGGCCAAAACCCAUCUUAGGUUGGUUCUUGAUCAAACAAAGAGCGUGGUCUAGACCUGCUCUUGUUCUUUGAAAAGCGUCUUGAGAUGAUGACUGUUGUGAAUUGGCGCUAUAUAAAUAAAAUUUGAUUGAUUGAGACCGAACAAGAGCUAAAAAGCCAGGUCAACAUCAGUGAAGCAUAAAUGGUGGGGCAGGCUUCGGGAUCUUAUGGACCCUGUAACCUUUCUGCUGGACAGGUAACCCGCUUUAACAAAGUAAGCCAAGUGUCUGUAACAGAAGUGUUUCUUGUCAAAUGGACCUGCUGUGUGUUGUAGCACCGCUAACUGUUUACCUCGGGUCCUGAAAUAUGUUACUUUAUCCUUGUUGUUGAAGUCCUGCAAACAUUGUGUUUGCUGGUAGUCUGUUGGCAUCUACAGUAGCACCAAUGCUUUUUACUUUCACUUUUACUGGGCCCCAUUUGUAAUCAUCUGAGGUAUUUAUCUGCAUUAUAUCUGAAUUUAAUUGAAACAAUACGAGCGAGGACGAGCAUCUGUUUGUGGGCGAGGCUUGCUGGAGCAGAGAGAGAGGGGAGAGGAGGAGCAAAUUGGUUGGGUGAGGUAGUGUUUACAUUCAAGAUUUCUCCCAAAAACUGGCACUUCCUCCGAUCCUGCCUAAACCACCUUUAAGGGUUAAAAACGCUCACAUAUGCUUGCAAAAUCAGCCAUUUGGGGGUAAUAUGUAAUCGUCUUAGAAACAGCGAAUUAUACUGUGAAUAGAAACUAUUGAUUGUAAUGUAUUAAUUUGCCCCCAUGCUGCAGCAUUAUGAGAAUCAGCACUUCUUAAACCUAACAUCACAGAACUGAGAUAGAGCAUGAACAAACAUGUCAACAACCACUAUAUGUAAGUCAGUCAGUGUUUCCCAAAACUUUAGUUUUUGCCGUCUUCAUGAAAAUACAAAAGAGUAUGAGGGCUGCAUUAAAGAAAGAAAAGUUCUUUUUAAAGCUUUACAAUUUUUUUUUUACAGUUUUGUACAACUUUAAAGUCAUUUUCUUAUGAGAAUGACGGUGUGAGAAAAUCAUAUUUAGAGUCAACAAAAAAUACUAAUAAGCAGAAAACCUGGUAUGUUUCUGCGAUUGGCUUUGAAGGAGCUUUCAGAGAUGACAGCCUACAUGUGCCUACAUCAUAUGAGGAAUAAUGUCUGAUGUCUAAAGUUUGCGAACAGCUGAUCCUGUGUCAUACAGGCCCCUGGUCAUUGACUAUAAUAGAAAUCACAUGGAGCUUGAGUGUUAAUUCAGUCAGUAAGUCUAUAUUUGCAUUCCUAGUUUGCUCACACACUUUCCCUGCCAUUACUGCUUAGGGCUACGAUUGGCUAAUCAGUGUCAGGACUCUAUGGAGGGAUUUUCCUGCGCCCACUCAGAUCAAUCAUCUUUUGACCUGGAAGUGCCAUGACUUUGAUAAUUAUCCUGAUAACUUAUCCUUCAUUCUUAAACUUAUCUACCCUGAUUGAAAUGCCUUAAUCUUAUCAUAGAGUCGAUUGUUUGAUGGUAGUAAAUAAAAAAAAAGCUUCGGUGUUUGAUGGUGCCUGAGUCAGAGCAAAUUGGGCAAAUUUCCAGAAAAGAACUAGUCCGACUGCUCGUGUUUGGCUCUCUGUGAACUUUUCAAAUGACAACCAUGAUCCCGAGGUUUACCCGAGUCCUGUGGAGAGGCUGCUCGUCAUGUCUCUUCAUUCAUAGCAGAUGGCGGCUUAUCCAUGUUGUGUUUCCCACGAGCUGUUUACAGCUUAUGAAAUCGCUUGCAGCUGCCUCACUUAGAUCGUGUUUUGAGAGGCUAUAGUGGUUGCAAAUAUUCAAAAUCAAUACACAUAGGCUGACUUUCGUUAAAUUGCUGUAAGCUUCAAUUAUAAGAUGCCAACACGUUUUGAAAACCGAGCUCUAACAAGUCUCUGUGGUGUAAAGCGUCUCAGGCUUAAACACUUCAAGCAGGGGAGCAGUAUUUCAUUAUUGUCCUGUAGUCAGUAAGCGGUCAAGCCUUGGACAGAUACUCCAGAUUCCAAGCUUUUCUUUUCUGCCGGGCUGUGCGAAUAAACUCAUAAAUAAGUCUCUCAUCGUGGCUGCCUUCUACAGCUGGUGGGCAGCACGAGUGAGAAAAUCCACCGGCUCUGAAACUACGUCAUGGAAGGAGGGCUGUGCAUCUUGAGAUGAGGCGAGAGUGCCUUACAGAGUCUGUCUUUGGAUUCAACUUUGUUCUCAUUAUUUUUUCUUCCCUCUUUCUUCUUAGCCAUAAAAUCAAUAUUCCUGGCACACUCCGGCCUUUAUUUUAUUUUCUUUCUCAGCCUCUGUCAGAUGUCACAAUCCUUCUCUCCUUCUUCACUAUCACAGUUAAAUGAGCCUGUGCUGCUUUGAUGGGGUUGUUAUUAUGCAGUCCGCUUUUGUUGUGGCACUGGACCGGGGCGCUGCUGAAAUAUUCAGGGUCAGCGAGCAGAAGCUCUGCCUCCUGGCUUCGCCUCAGGCUUCCCAUUCCUGAUAAACUCGGAUGUGGACACCGUGAGGUACAAGGAGGUGGAAUUACUCCCUAAAAGCUCAAAAUUCAACAAUCAAAGAUAUUUGAUGACGAAAAUUGCAAAAAUCUCAGUCUUACAUUUUAUAUUUCUUGCGUUAGUUCACUCAGGCAAAUCUGGAUAACAACCCAGCUCACUGUGUUCCCAACACACCUUUUUAUCCUGUAACAUGCGCUACAGAAAAGCAUGAUCACUAUUUAUAUAUUUUUUUCACAAGUAUCUGUGACAUCUAGCUACAAUGAAAAAAUACUGUAAUUAGCAAUCACAAAGAUUCCUUGAUUUAGAAUUGUUUUCAGUGUUUUAGGAAGCCACUUUAUUUGGUACUUGUCAUAAAUACAGCUCAUGUGUGUUCAUUUAGCCGGAGCACACUGAUUGGCUGUUCUGUGAUGCACAAAUCAACCUGUAUUUUUCUCAGUAAACCAACAAUUAAACUUUUUGGGGGUUUUUCUGUACUAGUUUGAAUAAAUCAUAAGCAGCAAAUGCCAAGCAUUAUGGCGCUGAUCGAGUAAUAUGUGUAAAGUCUGUUAUUUCAGCUCAGUAGCCCCUUCCUCUGCAAACACAGUGUAUUUGAUAACUUUAGUAUAAUGUGUGGACCAUGGGUUGGGUUAUAAUGCAAUAAAACAUAAGUGAGCGCUGAACAGCUCCUCUGGGUUUUUGAUUUAACUCCUGGGGCUUCAUUUAUCAACCAUGCGUACGCACAGAUGUGUGCGUAGUGAGUGCGUACGAACAUUCCUGCGCAAAGUCUGGAAUUUGUCAACCUGUACUUGUGCUUAGGAAUGUGUGUAAAUUAAAGCACAACUCUGACCAUACGUACACACAAAAUCUAGUGGUAUAACAGUGAAACUACAAAUAGAACCAAAUAAAGGAGUCACGGCGUUCAGCAAUCUCAAACUUCACACAUGUUCCCUGUUGCCUCUGUAUAAAAUUUAACUGAUUAGUUAUUUAGCAGAUAUUUUGAGUGAUUGGUGUAACAAGCUAUAAAAAUCUGCUCUGACAGGACAACCUCAAAGAAGUCUUACAAGUACUGAAACAAUUGGAGGACUUGGAGAACCGUACACUCCGCGGGGAGCGCGUUUUUGAAGACCGUGCUGAUCAGUUCAGUGAGAACACAGAGUGGCUUCUUAGCAGGUACCGCUUCCCCAAAAUAUCUUAAUGGGUUUAUGCCGUGAUUAACAACCUGUGUUGGAGCGAGAGACAAAACGCACCAAAGCCAUCCCAGUGCACAUCCAGUUUAUGUCCACCCUGGGAUUUUUUGACCACCGGAACAUUUCAACGUGAGAUUGGAGACAUAUGCGGCAUUUCGCAGACAACACAAAGUGGAGUCAUGCCGGCAGAGUUGAAUGCAUUAAUUUCUCUGGCCUCAAUUUACAUCCAAUUCCCAAACACACAUCACCAACAAGCCGAAAUAAAACCAGGAUUUCACGCCAUCGCCGGAUCCCUGAACAUAAGUGGAGCAAUAGAUUGCACCCACAUCGCAAUGAAAGCACCUUUACACAAUAAAUUCAGUUUUGUUAACAGGAAAGGAUUUCAUUCGUUUAAUGCGCGAAUAAUCUGCGAUGCACAUUUGUUUCUGUUAAACGUUGUUGCCCGGUGGCCUGGAGGAACGCACGACUUAUUUAUUCUGUAGAACAGCUCUGUGAAUGUGCACCUCCAUGAUUUCAGCGAGGGGGAAAAAUUCAUUCACGCAUUUUUAAAGGGAUUGUUGAUACUAUAUAUGGUCAGUUGGAGGCGUUUCUGAAUGCAAAUCACCCUAACCAUGCACAAGCAAGGUAGUAAAGGCCAGGUGGGAUUGAUCAUCACCGAUUACUUACGUGUGCGUACGACCGGUGUCUGCAUGUUUGUUAAAUGCAGAUUUUUUUGUACUAACGCACAUUCUAAAUUUCAUUCCCACCCCACGAAUUUCGAACCUUUUCUACACACGUUUGAUAGAUUAGGCCCCUGGAAGUUGGAAAAGCAAAAAUAGUACAAUUGUAGCAGGACACUGCAGGAUGCUGACUGUAGCUGUAUGUGAGCCAUAGUAAUCCCCCGACUCAGAAAGGUCCCGAAGUCCUGUUGCAAUCAAGGCAGUACAGUUUAAUUCCAUACUUUGCGUGGGAAUGUUCAUACGCACUCAUUACGCACUCAUUACGCACACAUCUGUGCGUACGCACGGUUGAUAAAUGAGGUCCCAGGAGCUCUAAGGAUUUGCGGGCUCACAGUUUGCACACCUGGACCACCAGAUAACUUGAAACCUCCUCUUUUUCCCUGGAUUUCUGAUCACCCACUAUUGACGGGUACCUCAUUUAUCCCCUUUUUCAAAUUUCCAUUUCCUGUUUCUGAGGCGAGGGGCUUUACAGUUUUGGUGCAGAAUGAGAGUAAAGUGUUAACUCCCAAAUGUUUUCUAUGAGUGAUAGUUUUAUUAAGUAAAGUAGCUGCAGAGAAUCGAAGGCCCUGAGGAAAAAUCAAACAAAAAGAUCAGUUUCUCAGGCCUGACAGACAGCAUAGAUCUGAAUUAAUGGUUUUCUUUGUGCAUGCUGUGUGUUUGGGUGUCUAAGAUUGAAGAGGAUUCAUACAGAGAGUCUGCAGAUCAAGAGCCAGACUCACUGUGACAGUGCCACACAGUUUGACUUAGCUGUCAGUGGAGCCGUCAGCUGUGAAAACAAUGAAUGUUCCUGAAUGUACUUUUCAAAGUGACAAAUUGUUUCAGUUUUCUCCUCUGUCUCUCUUCUUUUUUUAGUUUAAGCGGAUGACAGACAUAUAAGCCAGAGAAGAACAUGCCUGAUGUUAAUGAUGUGUCGAUGAGUUCAAUAACAAUAACAAUUAGCUGCUAAGUUGCUUAUAACCUGUGCUUCAAAAUGCCCAGCAUACUGUGACUCAGAGAUUUUCAUGUUAGCAGAGUCAAUUGAAAAACUUCAGCCUUAUCAUCAUUAGUCUCUCAACACUGCAGUGCUUUGAAUGUGAUUAGUGAUUCAAUGAAGGGAUUGUUAAAGAGAUUUAAAGGCGCUGUGCAGAAUUUUAAAAUUGAUGUGGGAAAAACAAAUAGACUCAGUAGAUCGUCUCACUGCUUUCAUUGUGCAUUAAUUGAAGCCGUGCUGGAUGAGUGAUGCACUCUGGUUACUUUGGUUAGCAGCUGGGAAAUUACAGUGUAUCUAUCAAGUACUUAUCAAAUGUAAGAUGAACAUAUACAGUAACUACAGAAGGUAUUCUGAAGAAAUACUAUUGAAAAAAGCUCUGAGCUUUAUGCAUUUAUUUAACAGUGUACUGAAUACAGGACUCCACAACAGCUGUUAUUAAUGUCCAACAUCAAAAAAAUACUUUAAUAAAUCAACUGUUUUUUUUUUUUUUUAUACAGCUGAUUUUUCAUUUUCCUUCUGGAGACUUGUGCCACUUAACAUUCAUUUAUACUCCCAGGAGUCAUUUCCUCCUCUUUCCUCAACCUCUGCUGUCUCUCUCGGCUCAUUCAGGAGCUAAUCUGGUCACUUUCAUGUCCUCACAUUUCACAAAGUUUCACCUAGUUUUCCAUUCUCACCUUCCAUUUCUUUCUUUAAUUCAACUCUGCAGACUUGAAUCAUGUGUCUUUGUUCAGUUUCUCUCUCUUUUGUGGCAGCUCAGCGAGCUGUUCAUUCACCAGAGUCUUUCCAUCUUGAAUUAUUAUUCAUAUAAAUGAGUCACAGAACAGGGAAAAUGUCUUAGCAGGCGUCAUCCUCCAAAACACUGUUGAAGAAAAAAGACGGAUGACAUUUUUGAAAGAAUUCACAAUGAAGUUACAAAAAUCUCACCAAGCAGUCAAAGUAUUUUAAAGUUUGAAUCAGAUGCUGCUUCUCAGGGUGUAUUAUCAUUAUUAUUAUUAUUUAUUUAUUUAUUUAUUUUUUGUCAGAGCUGGGUUUUUUUGUUCUUGUUUACUAAGCCUUCAUAAUAAAUGAAACUGUAUUUAAAGCAGUAAAUAUUCAGAAGGUAGUGUCUUUUCUCUCCUAUUAUGUAUAAUUUUCAUACGAAGUUUUCUAGCUCCAGCUGUGCUAAAUACUCAAUUCUGAUUGGUUAAAUCCCCUCGACAAUAGCACUGCUAGCGCUAGCCAGACCACACCCCUCUACAGUUGCAGCUUAUUUUACUUCUGCUUGUUGAUACUGGGCUGCUUGAAACUGAAUCAAUUACUUGGAUAAAACUGAAUACAGUAAAAUAAAAUCAAGCAUGAGACAGUCAGUCAAUACACAAGCUAAGUCCUCUUUUCUUAAAACUUGAUUCUGAGUCUUAAUCGAGUCAUGGAUCCUAAAAAUAACAGGACUAGUUUUAGACUUGAUACGACAACACUAACAUGGAGCAGGUCACUUGGAGGUCCGAUGUGCUUUUUUUGUGCUGCACCAGAAUAAUAAACAUGCAACGGAUAUAAUCAGAUUUGUUCUCAAUCGGAAACACAUUAGAGGACUAGUCUGCAUGUAAGAUGGUAUUUUGGAAUAUGUAGCUUUUUGUGCACAUGUGCAAACUGAGUUUGAAGCCAUUGAUAAUGGAAGUCUUUACAAACACUGUCCAAUGUGGACAUUUGGACAGUGUUGUGCAUGAGCCCACUACAAUAAAUGUGUUGACUGAAUGCACUAAUGUUUUGGUGAAUUUGGUGUUUUACUUUGCAGCUCAUGAGCCUGAGCCUCAGUUUAUUUGAAGACAAAAAGUUCAAUCUACGAGAACUGAAUUUUGAGUUCCUUCAUUUUAAUAAUGAACUUACACAACUCUGACUUUGAAGUGGACAGCAAUAACAAAAGUUUUCUGAGAUGCAGACAUUACUGUCUCAACUUGCCAAUUGCAACUGCUGUUUGCAUUUAUUGCACAUUCACAGAGCACGUGUCUACUCUGUACUCAGCUUAGCCGUUUGUUUACAAAACACUUCUGAUGUUUCUCCAUCCUUGAUGCAACAUGUGGCUUUCCAUUUAAAAGUGAAGAUGUUGCGUUAUAAUUCACUUUCUGUCUCAAGCUCCAGUCUGAUAUCUUGGUUUUAUAUGUUAACUCUGGACAGGAUGGGAACAAAUUGCUUUUGCCACAUCUGUAGUGCCCUUGAGCAAAGUUCUGAACAUCGAACAGGACAUAGCAACAACAUUAAGAUUUAAAGCUGCAGAAUUUAGUUUCCAAUGGUAAAAAGUGAGCAUUUUGAUUUAAAACUAUUGCGAAGGAGAAGAGGAGGUUGUAUUUUGCUGAAACAGUGAAAUGUUGAAAUUGUGUUUAGAUCCUAUUAGAUUGGAAAUAAUCUUCCCCAGUUGGUCUGGUUUGAUUUUUGUGUCAAAUUUAAAGUUUGAAAAUUUUAUGGAGGCCUAAAAUGUUAGAUUUUUUUCUGGAGAAUGUGACAGUUUCCAUACAUCAUGAGCUGUCACGUCUCACAAAAACAGCUUGUAGCUUUGAAUGGCGUCCGCCUGAAAGAAUUGUAUUAUUUAUGUAAUUACUUCUUCACAAUCUCUCUCUCUCUCUCUUUUCUCUCAGUGGGAUUCCAGGAAAGAAGUGUGGAGUCAUUAUCUUAACUGCAGAGGAGCUCAGUAACUGCAGGGUCAGUACAAACACAAACACACACACUCAGACAUGCACACAAACAAAAGUUUUGCACAGGUAUUUUUGUUUUACCAAACUUUUUCCCUGACACUGUUGUAAUAACUUGCAAUCCUGUUCUCAAACACAAACCCAAAUGCACAAAAAAACAUCAUCAGUUUAGGCAAAAAUGUGUCAAGAAAGAGACGAGAAACUUCAUUGUUGUGCUGAGGUAUGAUGUAUUCUGUCUUCUGAAAUGACGUGAACAGCAAACUAGCUCUUUUGUUUACACUUUACCCUGACAGUCUUGAAGUUUCUGCAUAAUUCUUGUGAAUACUUCAUGAGACUCUGACUCUCCAGGGUCCAACAUGCUGUCUAUUUAUUUUUUUAUUUUAGAUCCCAUGACAAAUUUCCUGAGGCCUCAGCGCAUACACUGUGUUUUAAUGCUGCCCUGUCAGCUUCUUGUUGACAGCAAAUAACAAUAUGAUAAUAUAAAACUUUAUUUAUUUUGCUGUUGCUCUGCCUGCAUUGGCUUUCCAUUCAUUCAUAUGAAAUUGAGGGGGAGGUGUGCCCUGCUCCCACUCCAGGAUUUGACUUUCCACAUAGACAUGUGGAAGGGCAGGGAUCUCUCAGGACCACCAAAUAUGAUUAUUACACGCAAGUAAUCAUUUCUUUUGAUGAAAGUGGUCUGGACUAGAAUAAGACAAUGGAAAUCGUGUUUCAGUCAGGAAAGGGCAACUGCAGAAAUGCCCUUCUUCUCGGUCCCCAAACAAUCAUAGAGUGUUAUGAAAAGAGGAGCUGAUGCAACACGACGGUAAACACGCCGCUGUCCCAACUGCGUUGAGAUGUGUUGCUGUCAUCACAUUAAAAUUAGGAUAAACUGUAUUUUCGUUAGGUGGUUUCCCCACUUUUAAAAUUGAAAUGAUCAUUUAAAAAGCAGUUGGUGCUCACUACUGAAGCGAUGUCCUGAAGGCUUCUCCACAGAUCCUCAACUGUGUUUAAAAUGAACUGCCAAAACCUGUUUUCCUGUUAUGUAGUAAAUUAUUUUUCUCCUCCAAUUUUGUCAUCCCCCCCGCCACAAUGUUUUAUUAAUACCAGCAAGGCAGCAGGUUACAACAGGACUUCCUACGUGUGUGCGGUGUGAGUGUGUCGACUCCAGAGACCAGCAUGUGAACGGGCUUAUCGCUGUUGUGUUCACCAUUGCUAUUCUGGGAGGUUUCGCUCCUGACAAGUUGCAAAUGCUCUUCAGAUAUUCUGAUAGGUGUAUGUGUGCGUGUGUGUGAUGGUAUAUGUGAGUGUUUAUCAGCUGACAGCCCUCUCCGUCAAUAAGAAGAUUAGGAUUCCUAUGAUUCCUUCCUACUAAAGGGAAUGAGUGAAAUGCCUCAUUAAGGGAAAUUUGUCUAUCUAUCCAUCCAUCUGUAAAUCUAUGCAGGCAUGUCAACACAGGAGCAAGAAUAACAUCAUUACAUGCAGCAACAGUUCAUUCAUAUGUAUGAGGCAAUUCCCUCUUCCUCUCUGCACAUAUUAAAAUCACUUUCUCCCACUUAUAAAGCCUGUAAUUCAAAUGAAAUUCUGGAUUGCAAUCACUGUAAUCAGUGGCUGCAUUGCUCAUUAAGUCUUCCUGACUGCUGGAGGUUCAGAUCCACAUUUGCAUUGAGAUUUUCAGCAGCAAUUACUUUUAGAAAGAGUGCUGCUCUGCAGAAGCAUGAGCGGUUACUCCACAGAAAACACAUUGCUGACAUAAACAUGAAGUUGCAUCAGAGUGUUUUUUGUUGAUGUGCAUCUAAAACGGUUUGUCCUGUCUCUCAGGAUAUCGCCACCAUGCAGCUGUGUGCUAACAAGCUGGACAAGAAGGACUUUUUUGGCAAAUCUGAUCCCUUCCUGGUUUUCUAUCGGAGUAAUGAGGAUGGAACGUGAGUCUGAGCUUUCAGGGGGGGGCUAAGGGUUUGAAAUGAUCUUAAAGCUUUUAUUACAACUUGUAGCACCUGAGAUGGUAACAAAUCAGAGUACACUGUUUGGUUGAAGAAAACAGAGGUAUAUAGUCAAAGAAAAAAAAAAGCUUUUUGGAGUGCCGGUUUGACUGAAUAGAUGCCACAAUUCAAGUCCUCAACCUGCAGAGGUGGGUGUCUCAUCAAAUUGGUCAUGAGGUCCAUCUUUAUCUGACACGCAUCAAUGCUACCAGACCUGGGCUUAACAACUGUUACGGUAGUGUGCAGGGUGGUGAUAAGACAUGGUUUUGCUAGAAACGGCAUCAUUGCACAUGGUUGUUUUGUUGAAAGCAAUACAAGUCUUCAACAGUCCGCCAGUUUAAACCAUUUGUGAAACCCCCAAAACAAACCAGAGUAAAUUAUUGCUGCCUAUUAAUGAAACGUUCAAAGUCCUGCACAGGAAAGCCUUGAAGUAAUGAUUUAGGAACAAGUAGAUGCCACAAGACUGCUGGAGGUAUUACAUAAAGGUUAAAUCUGGAAGACCAAAGAAGGGUUGAUGUUGUUGUUGCAUGCAGUAUAGACAACAUUUCUACCAAAACUGUUAAAAACCAUGAGGAAAAAUGACUGAAUGAAAACAUAUUUAAUUACCAUCUGCAAGAAGACUGGAUUCCAUGAGCUCUGACAUUUCUGUAAACAUCAUCCGGCAUGUCACGACCUAUACACUCGUAGCUCUUUGAAAAAUUCAACGUAUGUUGACAUAAAUACCACAGGAGGGGGAAAUUCAUGUAACCCCUUUUCAUCAACACAAUAAACACAACCCUAUAUAGAGGCACCAUAUAUCCCAGUACAGUGAAAAAUAUAGUUUUUAAUUUGAUUAGAUUAGAUUGGAUUAGAUAUAGCUUUAUUUAUCUUUUUAGAAAGCUUCUCUCAAGGAAAUUAAAAAACAUCCAUCAUCCUAAAAAAUAAUUGUUUCAAAAUAAUUGCAUUUUUAGUGAAUUAAGGUACAUGACAAAAUUAUUAUAUUUUAAAUCAUAUUUUAGGAGCAUUUAAACCUGAACUUGCAAAGAAAGUAACUGUCAACAUAGGACAUAAAAUGAUUUAAAUCCAUCUCCAUAAAAAGAGAGAAAAAAAGAAAGCUCUACAGAUUGUAGCUUAGUAUGGCACGCUGAACCACAAAGGCUACAAAAGGCUGCAUAUAUGCAUAAUCAUAAUAAUUUAUGCAUAAUUAAGUCUUGUUUUUGCAUGCUGUUGUGAUUGUUUACACUUGGAAUAUUCAUGCUGUAUUGUAUUUAAAUGGGGGUUGCCUGCAAACAUAUUCUCCGAUCUGAUGGGCUGCAAGAUUUCUGGUCUCCGCUCUGCUCAGUCCUUCAAAAAUGCUUUCCUCAAACUUUCAGUUGCACAACCUACAGACUCUGACUGAGGUCUCUAAAAAAUUAUCUGCAUGAAGAAAUAGAAUCACUACAAGAAACGAUGAGGCCAAAUACAUGUUUCUGCUGCUGCUGUAAGACACAUUUCAAUCCAUUAAAAAAAGAGUGAAGUCAGGAUUGGACAAAUUCUAACUCUCAGUGAACUUUAAGGUGACCUGAUUGCAGAGGACAUCUGAAGCUCCAUUGCAACACUGCAGAGAGUGUAAAAUCUACCUGCACUGCUCCUCUGCAGACAUGUUAGCACUGUUCCGUGGACACCCUCUGCAGCAGCUGUGCUCUCACUGGGCGUCCCUGUGAGUGUGAAGUGGGCUGCUGCUAAAAAAUCGCAAACAGAUUGCAGACAAUGUUGCUGUAAAAUCUGCCUGGGUGGUUUGAAGGAUUGCAUUCAUAAACUGAGCACUUUUGAUCUUAUGACAAUGUGCGUGUGCGUAAAACAUCCAAUUUUCACUUGUCUCUCAUACUGAUAAGCUCUUUAUGUCAUAUCAUAUAAAACCCCCCCUAGGUUUAUCUCAGCUUGUAAGAUUAUUACCUUGUUUCACUGCUCCACCUUAAAGAGAGCUUUUUCGAGCUAUAAAACUUGAUCUGUUGUUCUGUGGUGCCUUCCAGCUAUACACUGGCAUUUGGGUAUAAAAACAGACACCAAACCUGUGAAGCAUUUUGUAGCAUUGCAGAGGAAGAUGCUCCUAAGUGCUAUGGGAUAAUAUUCACAGGUACAAUGUGAGCUAUAAAAAUGUGCUGUCCUUCUAUUAGCCACACGUCUGUUCGUCUUUUGCCACCAGGUUCACCAUCUGCCACAAAACAGAAGUGAUCAAGAACACACUGAACCCAGUGUGGCAGUCCUUCACCAUCCCUGUUAGAGCUCUCUGCAACGGGGACUACGACAGGUCAGGAAUCAUUUUGCACUAAUCUAUUAUGCAUCUUAAUUGCGAGCAUUUAGAGAAGGAUAUAUGGAAGAGCACAGAUGUUAAUCUGCACAGUAAUGACACUGCCUUUACACUAUUGUCUCAUUCACUGAGGCAGGAGAAUAAUUAGAGCGCAGACCUGAGGAUGACAUCACCUGUUGCUGGGGCGGUCAGAAUAAUGCCAGCAGUCGGUCAUGGUGUCCCAGAGACCAGCACUGGUGUUAUUGAGACUGACUCAGUUUUAAACCGCUCUAUUAAACAUUCAUAUCCAGGUCAGACUGAGGUAAAUGGCAGUGACAGCUGCCGGUUUAUGCACACUGUACAAAACACAAUACCACUUGAGCUCUAAUAGGAACUUAUAAUGCUUUUUGCAUCCCUGUUUCAUCUUGUAAAAUUACUUAUUAACCCUUCACAUUUAGUGUAUGCCAAAAUUAAACCUUUCCAGGGGACUUUUUUGUGGUUAUUGCCUCCUUACAUCCGUAUUCCAAAAACACUGUCGUGUUUGUUUUUUGUGAAAAUGGUUCAGGUAUUUUCUAAGCAACCUGAGGCUGUACGUUUUUAGCAAGCAUGGUUCAAAGUGUAUCAGGCAUUCCCCAGGGGCGAAGUUUUGCAUCCGAUCACUAAAGCAUUCAGUGCAUGUGAUAUGAUGUUGUACAAAUGAAGGACUAUGCGCAUUUGAAUAAACAGUCCUGCACCCCUAAAACUUCAAAAAAUUUCAGGACAGGUUACCUUCAAAGUUAUUUUUUAACACGUCCCUAACGUCAUGACUAGUUUAGUUUGCUGUUAACGCUGCAUUGGCUUAAAUUUGAUUGAGUCAAAUACCUCACAAGCAAAAGCUCUCUUUGUCUGAAGGUCUAGCAAGCAGUUUAUCUAUCUAUAUAUCUAUAUAUACAAAUCUAUAGUUUCUGUAAUCUUUUAGCAGGUGGCACGAAAGUCGUACAAAAAAAGAAAUGACAAAAAUGUAUGGCCCUGUCACUUUUGCACACAGUGGGCUGUGUUGCAACUGUGUCUGUAUACCAGUGACUGUUGGUCUCACCAUGAACUGAAUCUAAAUGUUGGCCUAUCCAGAACUGUUUUAGGGUACUGCUUGUUUGCAAUAGAUGGUACAAAUACCUUUACAGAAGUGUUAAUGGAGAUAAGGUGAGGCUAAGACUGUCACCAAACUAUUGUCAAAUUCGGAGCAGAUUAUAUAGAGUUGGUAUUAGUUCGUUCCAACCAUUUGUGGUACCACAAGCUGCCAGAAAUACACCCCUUCCUUUUGUAACUUAAAACAAUGUGUCGCCAAUGCACUGGUGAAAGAAAGAUUUUAAAGAAUAAAAUCCUAGACUAAGUUUGUUUAGCCUAUAAACUGCCCAAAAACAUUGUAAAAUUAGACAUUUAAAGCACAAUGUUGGACUUCCAGAUGAUAUUUCACUAAAAAGAAAGGACAAGUCGGCUUUGGCAUGAUGCGUAUGAGUAGCAAUUGUCAUGCAUGUCGACAAAAAAUGUUGGGAUUUUUGUGGCAAACUUUGUAGACUUUGAGCACAAGAAAAAUAUCAAAAUUUUGCCACCUGUGAUGCAUGUGUAAAUUUGGUGAGUGGAAGGAAGGAAGGAGGGAAGGAAAGCUUAACUUAACAUUCACUAUUAUUCAGUUAAGAAAAAAGUAAACUUUUAAACUUUUUUGGGAAAAUAACCUGUGGUUGUUGAAGUUAAUUUUUGCUUACUGCAGACAGAAAGAGACAGGGAAAUAAACUUCUGUUAAAGACAGAGAAUAAUAAGGGCAAACCUUUUGGGUCUUUACAGAGAAGCACGACUGCAAAUCCCCCACUAUCUAUGCUAAUGACUUUUCAUGAGCCUACCUGUGACAUUUAAACCAAAUGAAGAUUCAUUCCUCACAGCCCAACAACAAACAGAGUACACUUUAUCAGGCUGGAAUUGAUGGGACUGCAUUGGAAACUAAGCUCUUGUUCAUAUUUCUCUUCUACGUUUGGAAUUAAUGAAAUUCACUGUCUGGAAACUUGUCUGAGCAUAGAUGGAGCGUGUAAUUUGAAGUUCAUAAUAACUCCUACCUGCUGCGCAAAUAAUCCUCCUCAGUGUUGCACCGCUGUAUCAGUGGAUAUGUAAUUGCUUUGUUCCCAUUGUGAUGGACGGAAGAGAGUUUUUGUAAUGAAUGAAAUAGAACUUUUAGAUCCAGUAAAAAGAAAUCAAAUCUCAGAAAGAACUUGUCCUUGUCUUUCAGGACUGUAAAGGUGGACGUCUAUGACUGGGAUCGAGAUGGAAGGUAAAAUCAUCCCACUUUAUUCUUAUCACACACAAUGAUGUUAUAAAUAUCUAAAAGAAAAUUUAAUUUAACUUCUGUGAGAGAACAUUUUAGGAGAACGUGUGUCACAAAGCCAUGAAGCAUCAGCAGUAAAAAGAGAGGGUUGCUUCAGACUCUGGAAGAUUGGCAGGAUAACAAAGACAGACCAAACGAUGCAGAGGGAAACAGAAAGAGACAUGACCAUUAGUCUCUGAUUGUAAAACAUGUGUUCAUGCCUUCCCCUCUGUGUGGGUGCUGUUUGUCUGCAGCCAUGACUUCAUCGGUGAGUUCACCACCAGCUACAGAGAGUUGUCUCGGGGGCAGAACCAGUUCAACGUGUACGAGGUGAGACACGAGGGGGUGGUUUGCUGUUUCUCACAGCCUUUCUAGAUCUUGUGUAACAGUGUUUUAGGUGAUUCCUGAUAUUUUAGCAUCAGUUUGGUAUUUCUCCAGAGGUGGACAAACUCUCCCCAACCCUCUUGACUUUACCAGAGUACCCGUGCGGAGCUGUAAACUAGUUAUAAAAGGAACAGAAUUUGACUCUGAAAAAGACCAAGAUCAAGAAGAUUUAUAAUUCCUCUUUGAUCAUAUUAAUUUGUGAAAACAUGACUGACAGGUAGGUGGCAAAUAAGGUGAUAAACAGCAUGCUAAAGACAGUCAUUUCAAACUAAGGUUUAUAGUGAUUGAGACCUAUAACAGUGAGAAAGAUAAUCAUUAUUCCCACACAAAACACCUUAAAGCUCCUGUGGGGGACUCUUGGUUUGAAUUUUGGCACCCCCUUGUGCACUAGAGAGGCUUUGCUUGUUCGGUCCCGUACACUGUGAAGUCAGACGUCAAUAUUUUUUUUCGAACCCGUAUCCUGUCAAUACAAGUGUUCAAAUCAGCGACGUUUUCCCGUCCUGUGAUAUUGCGGCAUUUAUUUUUUCAGAUCAAGGUCGAUUUUUCUUAAGUUUCACAUACUGUGUGUCCACUUCUGACCAAUCAGAUUGCGUGUUGUUGCGACGUCUGAUUCACCGGUAUAUCCAACGUGGCAGACCGGCUGAUUGUUUACGUGUCGGAGAACAGAGUGCUUUUUGAUAAAAAAACACAAACAUUACAAAGAUAACAACCUGAAGGAUAGUUUGUGUGCUUUAACAGUUUGCUAAACGUCUUUGUUUUAACUUUCACCAGUGCUAACGUAACUUUAGCUCAUCAGCUAACCUGUUCAUACAACAUACCAUAUGUAUUUUCACUGUCUCAAACUCAAUCGCAUUGCUGUCACAGCACCAUUAGGUCUCAGUUGUUACCUUGCGUUUAUGGAUCAUAGUUUAAUGUGCUUAUCUGGUACUGGCCGCGUCUUUUUUUCCCCCCGGAAAGUCGCAAAGUCGCAUCAGGCUUGAUGUGUAUAGUCAGGCGUGUCAAGAUUCGCCUCGGAAUAUUUCGUAAUUUCAUGUCGGAUAUUUGCGUCGGUCCAAGUGUGGAAGGACCUGUAGAGUGAUCCAACACACAAAAGUAACAUACAACUUAACCUCAACAAUACAAUAGGUAACAAAAGUAUGUUUCACAUCUUAAGGUUAUAUUACAAUAAAAUCCACUGUUUGGUCAAGGCAGAGGUGGGUGUGGUUGGAGGUUUUCAUUCGUCAUCUCUGACAUGAUUUGCUCUAUAUUGGAAGCAACACACUGCAGAAAAGGCUAGCUUGUAAAUGGUUAUCAAUAAUUACUGUACAUCGUGAGAGCCCUAACUCAAUGUUGUGGCAGAAAGCAUAUUUGAGAGAAAUGACGUUACUCCAGAGUUGACAGGAUUUCAGUUUACAAGUUGGAAAACCAAGAUUGACGCCUACAGUUAGCCGUUGUCAGCUUUUGUUCGCGAAUGUUAGCUAUACCGGCUGUAAACAACACAUAACAGUAUUUUACUCUUACAAAUACCAUAACACCAUGUUCACAGUUAGAAGUUGGGCAGUACAACAUAUACGACUUAUUUAAUUCACAAAAACAAAGCAGAAGUGCUAAUAAAUUAAGAGAGCUUUCACUGUUACUCUUAACUGUUGAUGCACUGUGUUGUCAUUAAGUCGGGAUUGGUGAGGAUCAUCCAACUUUCCGAGUUGGAAAUCCGACUUAAGGGGUGCGUUCCAGAUUAAUUUCUAACUCAGAGCUUGAAAAUUUUGACUUCCAAGUACAACUGGAAUGCACCAUUAUGGCUAAAAAUGAAUCUGGUUCCAUUAAAAUACUGAAGUUAAUAUAAACUCCGACAAUGUAAAAGUCCUAAAGGGUUAUUGUUCAACAUCAGUGCAGCUUUACAAUGUCAUUGAAGGUAAAGUGUAAUUGCAGACAAAUCAAUUAAUGAGCCUCCGGUUGAAAUCAUUGAAGUCUGCAAUAAUUAUCUUUUCUUUAAGAAUGAGGAGUGUUUAAUUAUCAGUUUGGUAAUGGCAGUGGAUGGAUAGAUGGAUAGAUAGAUGGAUGGAGGAUGAAUGAAUAGUUUAAUCUCUUAACCUCUCAGAUUCCAUUUUUAUCCACUCUAUCAUCUUUAUUCACACAGUUAAACAUAAUAUCAGUCUCAAUUCAUGGACUGCCAGUGCCAUCAGGAAUACACUGAAUAAUUCAUGUUCCCUAUUAAACAUCAUUUCAGGAUAUGAAGUGGUUCUACAAGUGCUCUCUCAGUCCCUAACUUAUUUCCCCAAUCACUGGCAGGUUUUAAAUCCAAAGAAGAAAGGAAAGAAGAAGAAAUAUGUAAAUUCUGGGACGGUGAGUUUGCCCGCCGCUGCAGUGUCAUCUCUCCUGUGGUGGUUUUCCAUCUGAUUUAUUUAUUUAUUUAUUUAUUCAUUAUUCAUAUAAAGGUACCCUCACCUCUUACAUCUGUUUCUCCCUCUCUAGCUUUUUUGCUGUCUGGCCACCUGCUUGUCUUUUUCCUUCCUGUCUACCUGGCCCUGGUCUUAUUUUUUCACUCUCCCUUUCUGUUUAUCACUGUGUGUGUGUGUGUGUGUGUGUGUGUGUGUGUGUGUGUGUGUGUGUGUGUGUGUGUGUGUGUGUGUGUGUGUGUGUGUGUGUGUGUGUGUGUGUGUGCAUGUGUGUGUGCGUGCAUGUGUGUGUUUGUGUGUGUGUCUGCCAGGUAACUCUGCUGUCCUUCAAAGUGGAGUCCGAGUAUACCUUCGUGGAUUUCAUCCGAGGAGGGUGAGUGGAAUAAUAAUUAGCCUGCCCUUGGAGUCGGUGUCAACCGCCUCCAUUUCGGUUGUUUGUCUCACGAGGUGUGUGUAUGUGUUCGUGUUUGUGUGUGUUUGUGUAUAUGUGUCUUAAGGCACUAAAUUGAAUUUCCCAAAAGCUGUUUUUGUUAACAGUGUACAGAAUUCAUGUGAGCUCUGAAUCUGUAAAAAUAAGCAGGGAGUUCACUCCAGUAAAUCUUUAUAAACACCUCGUUCACUCAGUUUGUUCACGAUUCAUUAUUGUUUGUCUAAUUAGACCUUUAAGAUGGUGGAGGGAGCAGCGUCCAACCAUACUAAUUAACCAGUAAACAGACUUUAUUGGAGCUGAUUGUGCUCCUGUGUUGGAGAAACUACAAUGAAGCCUGUGAUCUUUGUUUUCCUCUUUGAUUUUAUUAUUAUUUUUUCAACAGAACACAACUGAACUUCACCGUGGCCAUCGACUUCACAGCCUCCAAUGGUAAGUAAGGUUUUUCCAGGAGCAUCCUCUUAAUUUUUAUCUGUUGUGUUUUGCACACACAUUUUAUAAAUUGAUGGUACAAAGUUACAUGAUAAGACAACAAACUUCCAAACCUGGUAUUGUGUUUUGGCUUUUGGCAAAUUGAGGAAAGGAGAAGAGAAGAAGAAGGAGAAGAGGGACAAUGUUGGGUGAACGGGUGGUUAUGUGAGUUAGAAUCCCAACAGGCUGAGCAGGACCUUCAUAUGCUGACAAAACACGAUGAGUUAUGAGUUAAGGAGCUUCUCUUCCAUCUGUGCACAUUAACUUGAAUUCCCCUAAAACCACCCUAAGAUGGAAACUAACAUUUUUGCCACAUCAUCAACAGGCAGAGGUGAAGUGUGCCUCACUACUUAUUAGGGAUGGAAAUUGUUAAGAAUUUAGCGAUUCCGAUUCCAUUAUCAAUACUGCUUAUCAAUACGAUUCCUUAAGGAUUCUCUUAUCGAUUCUCAUUGAGUGAGAAAUAAAAUAAUACAAAUGGGUUUGUUCUCAUUAACUCUAAUAUUGUCACAUUUGGACAGAAGAUAUGGCAUAUUCAUGCACUAAUAAUUUGUUAUGUGACCUACACUUUGACCACAAAUCUGGUCAUAGCUCGGUUACAUUUAUUUAUCUUCGCCUCUGUCAUUUUACUCUUCCCUGCCAAUGGUGUACAAGAGCUACCCGCUGCAAUUUUUUUCCCCCCUUUGAGGAAAGAGGGCAAAGUGUUGCAAGUAGCCCAGGUAUCAUCUUUUCGUGUGAAAAACAGCCAAACUCUAGAGUGCUUUUGCCACGAUGCCGUGGCGGAAAGUUCUGAACCAAAAUACACUUCUCACGUACUACGUCAUCACGUAUAGAGACGUAACAGGAACCGAUAAGCUGAAUCGUUAAGGAGGCAGACAAACAAUUCUUAGGAAUCGAACUGAAUCACUGGGAACCGGUUCUAAAAAAAGAACUGAUUCUCAUCCCUAUUACUUACACAGAUUGUUUCUAUUCUGAGGUGUGUGAUUUUUGACCUCUUGCUGCUGAGAUUUAAUUUGCAUUGUCCUGGACCUUUCACCAAUCAGAAUCAAGCUCUUGACGGAGCUGGGGGAUAAUUUUUGAUCACUGUUGGGAUUUAUAUGAGGGAAACAAAUGCAGUUUUGUCAAGUUAAAAGACCAAAACUACCUGACAAGGUUAAGAAAGAUGGGUCUAGUGAGAAUACUGAACUUUUCUCACAUCAAUUAAGUUCAAUAUGUAUGUACUGAACAUACAUGAUGUAAGAUAGGAGCAUAAAUGAAAGGAAAUAAGCGUCAUUAUCUUGUCUUUUACAGGAUUUGAACUCUGGUUACCUUGAUGAAAGUCCUUUUGUGUAGUCCAGCCUUUGCUUGUGACUACAGCUGUAUUUGCGAUUUAAAGCUCUUUACUAACCACUGUAAAUAAAGAUGAUUUGAAGACAUUAUAACCUUCUGCAGUGAGUCAUUGCAUGCAUUUCUGUGACUACAUUAAAACACAAAUGGGCAAGAUGUGACUGCUCAGACAUAUCAAACUGAAGAAUCUGACAUGUGGCAGAAAGCUGAAAUUAUCUGCCAAAGAUGAAUGAAUAAUUUUUUUUUAGAGCCACUAUAAAUGAUGGAUGCUAAGGAAAUAAGAGUUCAUCAAUAUUCAUUUCUGUUUGUGUAGGGAUUAAAUAAACCAGAUAAAACAACCUCAUUAGUAAGCUUUGGAGGUGUAAGUGGGUUUAUGUUUGAGCCUUGGGCAAUACCGGGCGAGCUUCUCCAGUGUUUGUUCAUUCAUUUGGCUCAUUAGACCAAAAAAAAUCUGUUUCUUUCUGCAGGCGAAGACUCUGCUAAACACUUAACACAUCCAUUCAAUGUCAAGAGCUCCUUAGCAUCAAAACACCAAUAUACCACCAAUAUGUUAUUGAUAUAGGUGGUUAGUAUGCAGAGUCGCUGUAAUGUGGAUCCUGCUUGAACCUUAUGAAUCACAGUAACCUUAGAAGACUUUUAGGCUUUCUGCUCAAAACCUCCUUCUUUCUUUGCAGACGUAACUUUAAGAUCCUUUUUGGCUUUUUUUCUGAAAUUUUGAUCAGUUACUUCUGCUUGCUGCUCGUGUCUAAACACCUUUUGACUGAACUUGAUGAAAAAAAGCUAACGGAAUAUGGAAAAUCCAAAACUGUGGCCACAUGGUGAUAUCGUGAAGUAAGCAUGUAUGUACCCAGAGACAGUUUUUACAGUGAGGUUGUUUCAGUGAGCUUUUACUUUGAUGUGCUGGAAAGUGCAGUCGACCGUGCAAGGUUCCUCGGGGUGUGGUGGUUUCAUCUUAUUUUUCCUACGGCUGGAGGAGCGUACACCUGCAGGAGACGGGAAGCUUGAUGGAAUUAGAGGGAAUACAUUAUCGGGUGGGGUGUAAGGAGCAGGCAUCCUCUGUCUCUAAUCAAAUUAGCCCCCUCCUGUCAUUUCCUUUAAAGCAGGGUGCUCCAUCACGCUGAAGGAGAGUCUCAUUCUCAUGUGAGUGAGAGUUACGUCAACACCAUUUCUGGGAAGCCUCCACAUGUGAAAAUCCUGCAGAAGGAAGAAAGGACACACAGUAUAUAUAAUCAUGAAUUUUAUUGUAUUUUGCGUGUCUCCUUCCAAGGUAACCCCUCCCAGCCCACCUCCCUCCACUAUAUGAGCCCCUACCAGAUGAAUGCCUAUGCCAUGGCUCUGAAAGCAGUGGGAGAGAUUAUCCAGGACUACGACAGCGACAAGCUCUUCCCUGCCUAUGGUUUUGGAGCUAAGCUGCCCCCUGAUGGCAAAAUCUCCCACGCCUUCCCACUGGUAAGACCCACAAACACACACCUGAAACACACACACUGCGUCCACCUGCAGCCGGGUGUGGUUUGGAGCAGAGGAAAUUGCUGCGACAACAGCUGGUCACAGUGGUUGAGAAGUUGGCUCAUCUCCCUGCCAGCAGGAAGCUCCCUGCAUCCUCCUCUUCCUCCUCGCAUCCUCCUGAGGGAUCAGGGCAACUCGUCAGAAACCGCUGGAGCUCAGAUGAAGCCAACUCUCUUUUAACUCAUCCGAAUUAAUCUAGCUGCUUGACAGAAACACCUCAAGAAGUCAAAUUUAUGUUUUUUUUUUCUUUUUUAAUUGCGUGUUUCAUUGCAAAAGUAAGACAGGAUUAGGGCCACAUGAAGAGAAAAAAAAUAUUUACAGGAAGAAGAUUAAAUCUUGAAAUUUUGACUCAAUCUCGAAAUUUCAAGAUUAAAAAAAACUAAAUUAUGUCAACAAAGUCAAAAUUUUGAGAUUAAAAAUUGAAAUGUCGAGGUUAAGGUCGAAAUUUCAAGAUUGAAAAAUGUCAAAAUGUCUUAAAUAAUUUUGAAAUUUCGAGAUUAAAACAAAUUAAAAUUUCGAGAUUAAAGUCGUCACAAAUAAAGACGAAAUUUCAUGAAAAAAGUCAUAAUGUUGAGAUUAAUGAUAAUGAAUCAACAGCAUUGUUGCUCGUCACUCGACAAUAUGUCCUCUGUAGAAGAGUUUUUAAAACUGUACUUAAGAAUUCGAUUUAGUGACAAGGAAAUCCUCGCUCUUUUAGCACACAUACACAGUGUGGUCAUUAGUAUUUGGACUCUGAAAAGACUGUGCCGAAGAUUAUGACUCUACAAAAGAAAAAAAACAGACAAACUUGGAGGAGGUUGCCACCUUCGUGCAAAAUGCGUUUUUUUGUUUUGUUUUUUUUUUGUCAUUUCAAAUUGUUAAAAUUUCAGCUUUAAUCUCAAAAUUUCUACUCUGAUCUUGAAAUGGAAAUUAAAAAAUCUCUCUCUGUAAUUAUUCUUUUCUCUUCUCAUGGCCAUAAUUCUCUUUCAUGCAAAAGACAUUCUUCUUCUGAUGAAAAAAUCUUUUUUCCAAGAACCUGAUCCCAGAUGAGAGUUUAUAAAUCAUCUGGUUUCUCCGAGUUUCAGUCAGGGGCAAAGGUCGACCCUCAAACUUGAAUGAAAUGAUGAUUGGACAUUAAUUGUAAAAAAUGUAAUUGUCUGCUGAUAAUACUGUUUCACCCAGUCAUAAUUUACAUAUAUGCUCUGUGUGGCAUUUGGUUUGACUUUGCAGAGGCAGAGGUUUUUCUGCUGAACUGUUCAUUUUGUUCACAGCUAUUUAACUAACCCUUUCAUUUAUUCAGAGUGUCAGGGGUACAACACAGAGCUCUUCAGUAUCAAUUUAAAACCUCUUAAGAGUCCUUUAUUCUGCCUCUGAUGUUAACACCCACUACACAAACCAAAUAUGCAUUUGGCAGUCGUGUUUGCGUGAACUUAUCAGUUGCUCUGCAUAGAGACCAGUAUUUCUCAGCAGACUCACAGCCAAGUUGCCUGGUGGUUUGAAUCUAUUCUUCAUAGUUGAGCUCCAGUCAGUGGUGACCUUUAAAGUUUCUUACUCGUAACUUUUUGAGUGUUGACCACCUGUGGUGUUACACAGUCAGGAUUUCUUUGUACAUGUUGCACACUGGGUUGACUAGCGUGUCUGUCUGCUUGCUGCGUUUUGCAGGGGGGGGAUGAUGAAAAUGCAAACUGUGUGGGUAUAGAGGGAGUCCUGGAGGCGUAUUUCCAGAGCCUGAGGACGGUGCAGCUGUACGGACCCACAAACUUUGCUCCUGUCAUCAACAAAGUGGCAAAGUAAGUACGACCUCUCAGACCAAGAGUGCCUGUUUGUUUUCACUCAAUCAAGAUCAACUAGUUUUUUCUCCUACUUGGUCAUAAUCAAAUCUUAUUAAUGACCUGACUCCUGAGAGUCCUCCUUAUUUAACCAGGUUACAGAUUCUGUUUAAUUUAUGAGAUUUAAACAGCAGGGGGUGAGUACACAUAUGCAGGAUUAGAGAGGCUACAGCAUCCAGACAGAUAAUCACCUUUUUGUUUAUGCCUGAAGGUGUGGCACCAGAGUUAAAGAUUUCAGCAGGAACGCUGACAAGUUCAGAAAGGAGAAAAACUUGACAGACUGUUUAUUUUUCUGCUAAACUUCCAGUGUUUCAAAUAGUUAUUGUUUUCUUUUUGGCAUUAAACUUGAUGAUGUUAGGAUUCCUCUGUUGUCCUGAUAUUUACAUAUAAAUACUUGAAGUGGUCAAGCUGACAGCCCCGACAAAUACGGAAGUAAGACUUGCAAAUCGAAGCCAUAAUGAGUCCAACAUCCAACACCUGACAUGCAAAACACAGAGGUAUUAUAAGGAGUGCUCUCGUCAUUGAUUUUAACCAAUUAUCGCCAAUUGAAAACAUGUCAACACUAAAGGAUUUGCUUUUAAAUUGUUCCCCAGGUGAAUAAAGCAACAUGACAUGGAUCUCUGAGGGUAAUUGCAACAUCCAGUUUUUCCAUUUUUAUAACUAUCAGUAUUUUUGCCACAGCCGAGAUGUAUAAUGUGUAGCAAAAUAAUUGAAAUAAAUAAUUAUUUUUUAAUCAUACAAACUUUAAUGACAAUCAGCACUAAUAAAGCAGAGUGAAAUCACUGAAGUCUACUGCACAAGUCCAACUCCUUCAAAGACCCACUCUGAUGAAAAUCAUGUUUUCUUGUUGUCUACAUGUUCAUAUGGCAUUUUCUGAUGCUACAGGAUAUAUCAUGAGAAAAAUAAGUGUGACAUUUCAUUUCUGAGUAUUUCUGCAUGUAAAUUGCUGUGAAGUUCUCACAGACCCAAACAGCAGGUUCAGACACAGUAAGAUUUUCUACAUCAUAACUCCAAACUCCGCCCCCAGAGCCUCGCUAUGCAGGCCACUCUCGGAGACGAUCAGAGGACGAUCGCAGAACAAGCGUGUGUUAGCAGAUUGCAAUGCUUGUAAGAAAUCGUGUCCCUAAAGACAUUAGUGUCUGAGAGCUGAAUAGCUCCAAUGUUACCUGCCACUUCUACAACACUGGCAAUGAAAGGCUGCAAGCUAGUGUGUCUCCACCCACAACUCAGAGGUGAAUUGCCAAUGAGCUACUGGAGCUCUGCAGAAAAGCCCUUGAAAAUGACACAGGUAAUGUGAUUUUGGCUAAAAACUUAAUAAUGACAAUUUGAAGACCAUUAAGAACACUUUAAGUAGUAAAAAAAAUGAUUGAAGUGGGACUUUAAUCUUCUUUAUUGGAGGAGAGAAGUUUUGACUGCACGUGAGAUAACACAGACACUCUCAUAGGACUGAACGGCUCGACUCUGCUCAGAUGUGUGAAUAAAAGUUCUCGGUUACUGUUGUCCUUAUCUCUGCACAGUGCAGACCAGAUGUUGCAGUGCUUCCAGAUACUACGGGGCCAGUGUCAAGCAGUUUAAGCCACACUAAAAAAAUAUAUUACUUGCAGAAAGGACUAAAACAUAUGGUGCCAUCUCAGACAGCUACAACAGAACAGCUGGGAGGAGAACAGACAGGCUGAAGUAAGGCUGAGCAAUUAGUAAAAACAUAACUAAAACUGACAUCCAGAACCCCUAAUCUACAUAAAUAUCCCCAUGUUAAUCCUUUUUUAAACUCUGUCAAUAGUUUUGAAAAAUUCUGUAGAGUAUCUUCUUGUUACAUGACUCUGCCUGGUUCAGUCUUUGAAAGAAAAACCUCACAGGUUAAAAGAGCUCCUACACGUCCCAGCACGCCACUUUAAUUCCCACUUACAGCAUGGACACCGAACACAGUUUGAAAUCAGUGUCAGACAGAAAAUAUACGUUUCUGACUGUUCAUUUUUCUGUUCUUGCAUGAACAUCAUGUAAAGGAGACACCAAAGACUCUCACACACGUUCAAACACUCUUUUUCAACAUAUCCAGGGUCAACUCAAGCCAAGCAGGUAUUUAUCAGUGUUUUUCUCAUCGAACCCACGCUGGAAACAAGGGAAUGAAGUGCAGAGAGAAAAACAAGAAGCAGGGUCACAUCUCUACUGCAUGAGAUAUUUUUCUGAGCUUGUUAUUUCAUUUUUUUUUUGUAAGGGGCUUUUUGCUGCUCAAGGUUGUUGUUUCAGGUACAAACAAACAACUCUCUGGCGUGGGAACAGUACCACAGAACAAAGAGUCUGCCAAGGUUUGAGGAAAGAGAUCAAUUUGAAGUUUUUUUUUAUUGCCCUCUGAAACCCAGGAGCAAAAAAAAAAAAAAGUUUAAUUAUCAGUGUUGUAGAUUUGUUUUCCAGCAAGUAUCAGCUUCUGGCUUUUAGGGGGUAUCAAAAUCUCUGGGAUUUUGAUAGUUCAGUAAGUAAAGAGGAGAAAGGAGACUUUUUGAGGACAUCGAGGUGACAUAAAAAAGAGACUAUACACUGAGGAUUUCACUGAGACGUUUUUUCUGUCUACAUUUGCACUACUGUGGUGAUGGCUGUAUGAACUGUAGUGAUGCUAGUGAUGGGAUGCACUUUAUCUCUGCAGGAGCUUUCACCAGCAGGCUUCAGCUGCCUACAACAAUCUCUAAAAGCUGGGCUAUAACCAGAGUAGGCUGGAGGUCUGAAUGGAUUAGGGUCUGAUGCCUACUAGUGACUUUGCACAAAACUUUGUGAAAUGUCGUUUUGAUGUAUAGACAGCUCAGUAAAGUGAUACAGAAGCUAUAACACGACAGGUUAUCCCGCACUGUUAUCAGAAGUCAAGUUACAUAGACGGUAAAAGUAGAGAUGGGUCUAACUUUAAACAACUUUCAUAAAAACGCACAGGAGUUUGGACGCUAUUGCCGUAUGGGUGGUGAGUUAACUUCCAGAGAGUUGUCAGAUUGGUCCACAGUAGGGCUGGUCGAUAAACCCAAAAUUUACCGAUAUUGAAAUUUACAACAAUAACUGACGUCAUUUUGCCCAUGUCAAUAUAUUCUGUGUCAACAAUAUGAAUAAAUAAGAAUAGAAUAGAAUAGAAUAUUCCUUUAUUGAUCUCCCAUGGGGGAAAAUUUUUUUAUCACAGCAGCAUCACAGACAAAGAGUGCAAAAAUGCAGUUAUAAAAAUAAAGAUUGUAAUAUUAAGAACUUAAAUAAAUGUAAUAAUUAGGAAACAAUUUUAGAAAAAGGAAAAAGGGAGAAGAAAAAUAAAACUAUUUACAACUUAAUAAAAGUUAUGGUCUCGAGGCUAUGGUCUCAUGUCUCUUUAAGACACUGUCUUACAUUGGAGACGUGACUCCACCCCAUCCAGUCCAUAACAAAGAGGGAAAGACAGGUGAGGAGAAGGAGGACAGUUCAAAAGUGGUAGUGGCUGAAGUAGACAAAGUUAAUGUGGGAGGGGGUGAGGGGCUUGUGGAGAAGUUAUUGUCUAUUAAUUGUUAUCGAGGUGAACUGCUCAAUGUUUUGUGAUAUGUGAUUUGAGGCCAUAUUGACCAGCCCUAGUCCACAGCCUAUCACAUUACACAACAUGACAGUCAGUGUACGAUCUUGAGAUGGUUUGACCGUUAAGGAUAGCGCUCAGCAUACAUAUGACCAGAACUCUGCUUUUAGAGCCGAGCUCCUCUCUACCAUCUCCUCAGUGUAGAAACUGUCUGCAAUCACAAAGCUGCAUUCCUGCAGUGAAGUUAGAAAGACUACCAUAGAGAUGUCUAAGAAAACUGAAACAGAAAGGAAAGUAACACCAAAAAUUACUUAUUCAUAGACAACCAACUGUGCAAUAAUAUUACAGACUGCAUAUUAAGCCACCCUGAAUCACUGCAUGUAAAAUUUCAUCUCUGCAAGAGUUUGACCAAUCAGUGUAAACACACUUAUAUACCAACUGCUGCACUUACAUCCCUGAAAGUCCCUAUUGUGUUGUGUUGGUAUAACUCUGAAGGAGAAACUUGGGCUGUAGGACCAAAAACAGUUUGUAGUUCCUGUGGUGCAUACUCAAUAAAAGAGAAGGGAGGGUUCCUGCAGUUCCUACAGCUAUGAAAAAGUUCCUGCUGUCAGAAAAGGCCUUUGGUGUGAUAGUUUGAGGAAGGUCACAGUGUCAAACAAACAAAAAACUGUGUGUUACACUUUCAACAUCCGCUUCAGGCGUGUGUUAAAGUCCAGACAGACCUCAGGAUAAUAAACUCCAGCAGACAGGUGUGUGUUGCGCGGCCCUUUGUAGUCUGUUUCUGAGGUUCACAAUCAUAGAGCAGCUCUAACCUGGUUUCACUUUUGUGUUUGUGUUUGUGUGUGUGUAUAUGUGUGUUUGUGUGUAUAUCUGUCCCCAGCUGUGCAGCAGAGAUUACAGACGGCUCUCAGUACUUCGUCCUGUUGAUGAUCACAGAUGGAGUGAUAUCUGACAUGGUCCAGACCAAAGAGGCUGUGGUCAACGUGAGUAAACAAACACACCAACUCACUCACUCACACACACACACACACACACACGAAAACAAAAAGCGCACACGCACACAAACUGAUUGAUAGCACUGCUUUUUCCUCAAUUUCUGCAGGUACUGAUGUUCAUCUCAGCACCUUGUUUUCUUUGUGUGUGGGCGGCCAAAGCUCCAUUAUAUUUCUCUGAUGUUUGGAUGAAAACAGUUUGAUUUGUCUCAGCAAUCAGCAGCCUGUGAUGAGUAAUACACCAGGAACAAAGUAGAGGCUCAGAGUUUUGUCUUAACAACAAGAAAAAAGCAUCUUUAUUGUGUCUGAUCUCACUUUGAAAGUGAGGUCAAAGUUGUUAUAAUAACCCAUCAAAUUAGUCUUUAACGGGUCUCUGAUCCAAUCUGUUGUACUUGAUUGAUUCCUCCACCGACAGGCAAUUCCAGAUAUUAAAAGUUGGUUAUUUAGAGCUUUUCCCCCCUUUUAAUCUGUCAGUAAGCUGUACCAUUUAGACAUAGCUAGUUAUGAGUGUCAAUCUGUCUUAAACUCACUGGUUUUUUUUGUUUUUUUUUCAUCAACUACUUCCAUAGAGUGUGUAUAAUGGUUUAAGAGAGGUUUAGACCAGCUUCUGACACAGUGAGAUAAGGGGGAAAAAUCAUUGAGUGUAUAUAGAGCCUAGUAGAAGCUAAAGGUAAUAGAUGUCUAAUGUGUCUGAAGUUCUCUUACAUUUCUGGGGACAUCUUUUCAUAUGUUUUCGUGAAAUUUAAACUAGAUCUGUUCAUUCACUGACUGGAAACUAGUAUAUAAACUUGACGCUUUGCAAGCUGAUCUGGCUGAUGAAACCCAGCUGUUCCAUCUGCUUUGUAAGAUUUAUUCAAAGACCUUGAUAAGACUGGAAGCAAAAACUGUGUAUGGCAUGUAUAUAGUGGGUCCACAUUAAUUGAUAAAACCUUGACUGUGACAGUUUAAUCAUAUCCAAGGUACCUUCAGAGGUGGUUAGAAAGAAAACUCAGAUAUGAUUUUAUUGGCCUUCUGUACCACUUACAAUUUAGAACAUGUAAAAGCAUCAAAUCUGGAGGAAAAGAAGAAUUUAUGCUGCAACUUUUGUGGCAGUUUGGAUGAGCUACAGCAUGAAAGAUGUUUAAAAGUUAUAGUUUUACUGUUUUGAAGCGCCAUAGUCGUACCUGCUAGUUCAGUGCAGACUAAACAUAUCAAGACUUAAUAUUGUGGGACUGUUGCACUUAUUUUGAAUGCACCAGGACCCUUCUUUUAAUAUUGUAUUACUUCAGGAUACUUCUAAUAAACUGAGGGGUCUCAUAAACUGACUAAACCUUUCCCCUUUUCCUUCGAUACAGGCAGCAUCACUUCCUCUGUCUAUCAUUAUUGUGGGUGUUGGACCUGCUGAGUUUGAUGGUGAGUUUUUUCACUUUAGUAACAUGGUUAUAACAGGUGUUUUUCUGCCUCCCUGAGCUAAAUUUACUCCUUAAAGCUCCUGUGUGAGACUUCCUGUUCAUGCUGACUCCCUCAAAGCAGUUGCAGGAUUAAAGAUGCAAUAAACUUGGGUUUUUCAAACAUCUACUGGCUCUGCAUACUUUCAACUGGAGACUACAUUUAAACUUUAAAGACACGGGUCUUGCCUAUUGGUGUAUUAAUUCACAUUUCAAUAGGUAUUGUACUUUUUGAUCACUCAUUGUUCAAUGACCAUGAUAAUUUUUGUAUAAAUUUAGAGAAUAUAAUGGAUGUGUAUUGCGUGGUAUCUUCAUGCUAGAGUGGUUAACAUCAUCGGCAAGAGUGAGAGAAGUUGCAUGAAAUUGUCUGAAACUUUUCUCUUUCCAUGCUCUUUUCAGCCACAAAUAACACUCUACAUACAUGUUUUUUUCCCACAGUUAUGGACACACUUGUUCUGUCUCUAAUGAUGUUUUCAUCUAAACAGAGAGACUUACAGAAUUUGAAAUUCUGAGCCUCUAAGUACAGCAAUGUUUCUUUCUCUGCUCCUCAUUGACACUAAUGCAAAGAUUUUCUGAAGGGACUCCUGUUUAUACCUUCCAAGUAUGUCCAAACUAUUUUUUAUAGAAACACCAAAAUCAUAGCAGAGCCCUCAGGAACUCCUUACAAUGACCUACUUUUUUCUGAUAGGAGCUACUGUUUUGUCAGAAUAAGCCCAGAUAUGAUACCAGCACCGUGGCAAAAAAUAGCUUUUUUGGGGGGCGUUUUGGCUGCCUCAGCCUGUGGUGCAUCUAUCGUCGAGGCAACCUGUGAGCCUCAGGCCAGGCCCACAGCUGAAACCAAUUCACUAAUCAGGGACUUCUCUGACAUCACUGCAUCAUUGGAUCACUUUUAAAAGGACUUUUAUCAACAAUUAAAAGCUGACUCUCAUUAAAAAUCUUAAUUAGUGCCAGAGGGGGAAAAACACACAAAGGCACUGGCUCCUAUACAAUAGAGACACUAUAAACUUUACAGGAGGCCCCUAUACAAUAAUGCCUUGUGAGGAACCUCAUCUGGACAGAUUUAGAUUUGCUACUCGUGCAAUGGCUUAAAGAGUUGUAGAACAAAUUAUGCAUCAAAAUAUGUGUUUUGAUCGGGACUGGUGUGCUAUUAUUCUCUUCUGUGUAUGAUAAUUUUUUUUUUUGGCCUUUUUUUUUUUUUUUGCGACAUAUUUCACCUAAAACUUAAAAAAAAUUUCCCCUAGGUCAAUGGGACAAGCAAAGAAAUAAUUGGAAAAAAAACAAUUAAUUAUUGAAGGUAAAGGAAUAAUCAUUGAAGGUGUGUCCCUUGUAUAUAAAAUCACAGCCAUAUUAAUAAUAUUAGUUAUUUAAAAUCUCUGAAGCAUCUCAUUUUGAAGCACACUCCCCGGCGGCAGCGCCCAUGGCCCUUUCAAAAUUUCCCAGAAGGAAAUUUCUAGUUUCUAAAAACUUCACUCUUUCUUUUGAAACUUUUGCUCACCCCAUUGGCUGAUGUAUCUUCCUUACAAUUAGUUAAGCCUCAAUUUUUGGUUGUAAUGUCCUGAAAUAAGAAGUAUAUUUAAACUUCUUGGGUGAACUUUGCUUAUAUCAAAUCUAAUAAGAUAUCUUUUUAACAAAAAUAAGAUAAAAACACUCUUAGUUUCGUUUUCAUAGUGAAUUGCUGCAAGUACACAUAUACCAAAUCUCCAGGCAAUAUAACCACUCCAUUAAUCAUGAUUGCUGCUUGGUUCAGUUUGAACUUUAUAGUUUGUCUGACUCAAAACCUUAAAGUCAGGGUCUCAUAGUUUUCCCUUCACUCCUCCUAAUGCUUCACAUCUCCUCAUCUAUAUCCACUUUAGUCUCCUUAUUGAAGUCAUAGUUUCUGUUUGAAAACAAGGACAAAUGAAGGAGGCAUCUUUAAACUGGAUAAAGUAAACAGAGAUUGUUCUCUGCUCCCAUGUCGGCCUCACUUAAUCGUGCUCUUUCUGGGAACAUCUAAAAUGUAAAUCAACAACCUUCACAUUGUUAGAAAAAGUUUAUUGUGACAAAUUGUGCAUGCACAGAAACAAAGACACACACACACUGAUGCAUUCAUACAGCUCAUCAAUACUUUUUUUUCUCCCCCUUUGCAUGUCAUAGCGCUAUCAAGGGUACACACUUGGUCAUUUUCAUACACGCAUACAUUUGCACAGCAUAAUGCAUUUGUACCCUGCAAUGGAAAUGUAAAUCUGAACCACUUCCUUCUGGCACAUAGAUCAUCAGACCAGCACCACAACAAUGUUUUCCAGUUACUUUUGAGAUUCGAGCAACAUUCAUGCAAAACUUCCUGUUAGGAACAUUCAGCUUGUGUCUAUUUGAGUGCCCCCUGUGGAUCAAGCUGUACAUUCAUUUUCUCUGCUGAAUUUUUACCGUGCUAGUAGAGCUAUUUUUUUUCAACAAAGUACAUCUUCCUGCUCUAUUUUACUACUCAAAUGUGUCACUAAAUUGGCUCAAAACGCCUCACAGGGGCUUUGAGCCAGGACUUGAUGCAACCCUUGUGAGCAAUCAAAAAACUGUCUUCAGCUUUCAUUGAAUCGGUUCCUGAAAUACAGCAGUCUGUUUUUUUACCUGCAUGUAAAAGUUCCUGAUCAGCCUUCAGGUCAUUGACUUUUUAAUGGAGGCUAUUUUUGUGCGUGCUUGCAGUAUGUUACUGCAUAAUGUGAUGACUUGAUCCCUUGUUGUCAGAGUAGCAGGAGCACUUUGACAUGUUUGGAGGUCUCAAGGUCAAACAAGUGUCAAAAAACCUCAUUGUGUUGUUGCUUUUGCACGUCUACACAUUAGUACCAGCUCCAGUCUGUGAACAUGUUUUUCUGACCGUUUUCAGCUCCUAACAUGUCACCCUCAGAUAUUUCUGUCAGUUCUUGUGUUUGCUCUGCAGUUUUUCUGGUUCUGUGUUUGUCUGUCGAUGAUUUGACCUACGUUGUGCUCAGCCAACUUUCCAUGGCAGCCUCACACAUUCAGGCUUUUUGUGUGUCUGCCAGAGUGUCUACAGAUGCACAGUGUUGUUCAGCAUGACUCAGUGUGUCCAUCAGAGAAGAGUGUGAAAAUAGUUCACUUCUCUGUUUCUUCAAGCUUCAAUUCAGAGUAAUAGAGAUUUGGAGAGGACAAAGAAGAUCAGAGGAGAUAUUGUGCAUCAUUUACGCUAAAUAGAACCUGGUUCAAUGUGAUCAGAAGCUCUACACAUUAAAAUCACACAAAAAUAACCUACCUGUAAUACCUGAACUUAAUGCUCAAGCUGUGCUCGACACCUGUGAUAACAUCAUGACAUUACUAAAGAUCCUCCUGUGACGGCUGGUAUUGAAUCCUUCACUCUGUCUCUGUCUGCACUUUCAGCCAUGGAGGAGCUGGAUGGAGAUGAGGUGCGAGUGUCCUCCAGAGGACGUUUUGCAGAGAGGGACAUCGUUCAGGUACUCAUCUAAAAUCUAUUUAACUUGCAGGUUUGGACUUGAGUGUGUGUCUGUCUACAGCAGCAACAGCACCGAGGAGUUAUUCCCACAAGAGGAUAGCCUCCAUUCAUAUAAACACUGAGAGUCCCAGUCCCUCUCUCUCUCUGAAGUCUACAGUGUAUAGACAAGUCUGCAGAUUUGGAAAUCCACUCUCUUCUAAAUGAAACUUAGCAGCCAAAGUUAGAACAACAUCAAACUGACCACGCCCUGAACUCGCAGAGUUAAAGCUUUUUUUUCUCUUUGCAGUCGAUGUUCAAUUUUUCCUCUUGAUUGAAAUUCUGUUUGUGGUGCCAAGUGAAACUUUAAGGCUGAAAUAAGAAAUAGAUCACACUUUGAUAUAUAUUGGAAACUUAUAAAGUUUAAUGUGUUCUCUCUUUGCACUUUAUGUUAAAAUGAGCCUUUCCAUUUGAGGGAUCCUGUUUGUGAGUCCUGUUUGGUAAUAUGUCACACCAGAGGCAUUCAAAGGCAGCUAAUUUUAAAACCAUUUAUACAGAAAUUCAGAUUUUGACUAAACUAGAUUAAUUUACAACAAAUGUUCAUCAACAACAUCCUGUCUUAUCUAUGAUGAAGACAAGAUGAUAAAGAGCUAAAAUACAUCAUUAAUAAUGAAAUUAACAAAGAUACACUUUGUUUUUAUUAAUAAGACAAUGAUGAGUUGAAGCUGUUUUAGGGGGGCGUGGUGCUGGACAUAUAAAAGUCAUCAUAUUUUCCUCACAUGAGCAUGUAAACUGUCAGCAUUUAGAUAUAUUCCUGUAAGAGACUGAGGGGCGCAAAAGUUACUGUGUCAUUUAUCGGCCACAAUUGGUACCAAACAUCUCUGCCUCUUUCUUCUCAUAGUUUUUCAUAAAUUUGUCCUGAUGCAUAAUUUUGAAAUCAAAUACACAACCGACUGUUAACUGUUUCACAUUUGCUGCUUUUUUGCUGUUAUGAUUGUUAAUAUCUCUGCGUCCUUACCUUAUUUAAUCUGAGUUUGGAGAUUCUAUAAAGAGCAUAUUUAGCAGUCUAAGAUGUGUGCAAGCAAGGAUAAACUAUAAAUCAUUGAAAUGAGGAUGCAGCUGAGAGCACAGGGCAUAAAGUGUCUGUUCACUGUGUCUUUUCAGGGGUUAUUCUGGGACUUGAGGGCAUUUGGGGCCUCACCCUGAGCCCGAAAAAUAAAUAAAUAUAGCCAUAGUGGCCACAGAAAGACUGACUCCCUUACAAGUUCCUCACAACAGGUUUCAAUUUAACAUUUCUGUUUUUCUUUUAAACUGUGAAGCAAAUGAUUUGAUGCGGACACCUUGGUGAUCUUAAAUCACUGAUUAGACUGAACAAAUCAAGUAAAAAUAAUGUCAACAGUUAAAAACCUUUUAAGAAUUGGAAGUUUAAUUACUUUAACAUUUUCGUAAUAUUUUGUCCCUGAAAUUCUGUCCAAGCUUUCUCUCUUGUGGAAUAAUAAAACUUGGAUAUUUUGGCUCAAAGUUAGCUCAGUCUUGAACAAAAGUUUGGAACAUCACAAAGACAAAGUCUAAUUCGGAUAAAUUUCAAAGCCAGGACUGGAUGAGUCCCUUUCCUGUGGCUUUGUUGGUAUCUUUAUUGAAGCUGAUCAUACUUUAUGUAAAAAGAUUGCACUCACUAACAAUAAGAGAUGGUAUUUUAUGGCCUGACACAUUUUAAUGGUCACUAUAAAAAGCGUCUGAACAAAGUAGACAUUUAGUUAUCUCGUAUGCCCUUAGAGACAUUUUCUUCAUUAUCGUCUUUCACCAUAACCAGAGAGAGCAGCUUUUUUCUCAAAGUUUUGCAGAGUUUGUUUAUAAGGAGCGAGGCGAGCUGCAACCCCGUCAGGGGGCUGAUGAAAACAGAUCUGGCAACAGCAAACUGCAAUUUUAGAAACUCUUUUAGAGAUAUGGGAACACAAAUAGGAAGCAAACGCCAGCACCUCUGAUAACAGUGUUUGUACAGUGCUGAAGAAGAGCCAGUCAGCAGAAGGUACAAUGAUAAAUGAGCAUUUACCUUGAUAAAUUUAAGUGCCUCAAAGUUGAGAGAAAAUAGCAGAAAUUUAACUCUGUGGCUUUAUUUGCAAGAUAACAAUAGAAAUGACAUAAGAAAUUACUGAGUACUUUAAGGUUAAUUAAUUUUUUGCCUUGUUUAGUCCUGAAACCCAGGUGUCACCAUCUGCAAGUUGCCUUCACACAAGGUUAAUAACUGGAUAAUUAAUGCUUUUCAAUCUCAGGCGGUGAAAAUAAUGCAGCCAUGUGUACACAGUCCUGUCCAUUCAGUCCGUUUAACUGACAGCAGAAAUCAUAUUUGUGUGCUUACAGUUUUCCCUUAAUUGCCUUCAACCUUAUAAUGACAAUGACUGCAUGGGGAUGUUUACACCUGAUGCAGAAUUCGAUCUGUUUACAUGUCAAUGCAUUCUCAGGUAUUGAUUCAAUGUGAUGACUUCCUUCACUAAAGCAUGAUUGAUUAUUUUAUCCUGACGUUAGUUCAGGUCUGAUGGCUCUCAUUAGAUUUAAUCUGAAUAACAUAAACUGAGGGACAGUUUUUUAAAAACAUUACCUUUAUAUGUAUUCAGUGGACCCCUGCCUGUACCAGAGAUACAGUGUUGGUACCUUCAUAUAAACUGAAAACGAUGGCUGACCAAACGAUUCAACAUAAUAGGACUGGAGCUUCUAGACAUGGGGGGCAUUUGAACCUGGGUGGGCUACUGUGAGACUGGUAUCCUUGAUACUUGGGGACAGUUGGACCUUGGCAGUCUCUUGGGAAGAUGGUAACCAACAAACCCUGCAGGGGCAUUUGUACCUCAGUGGCCUACCGUAAAGACAGGAGUUUCUAUACAUGGAGCAUGUAGACCUUGGCAGCCUGCUGUGAGGAUGGUAGCCUCAAUACAUGAGGGACAUUUGGACCCAGACGGCCUCCUGGGAAAAUAGUUGCCUUUUAACUCUGAUGGGCAUUUUUACCUGGGCAGCCUCCUGUGAGGACAGAAGCCUCUAUACAUGGAGGGGUAUUUGGACCUGGGUGGCCCACUGAUAGGAUGGAAGCUCCUAUGGGGGGCAUUUAGACCUGAGCUGCCCCCUGUGUCCAUGUAUUGUUCCACCACUUCUAAUAAUGAUGAUUCAUCAGAUACUUACAUUUAUUUUAUUUGACAUACAAUGGAAACACAGUUGUCCAACACCAUGACAGUAUUUGAGCUUUCCACCCUAAGCAUGGUGUCACCAGUGCAUAGCUGCCUGGUAAAUAAAUUAAAAAUAAUUGAAGUAUUUUUGUUAGUUUGCAUGUAUAUAAAUGUACAAAUUCCUCUUUUUGACUGUAUUUCAUAGGUUUUGUGGUCAUGACAGCUGUUUUAUAAAAUAAGAUAUAUUAACAUUCUAGCAACAUUUCUGCCAUGGCCAGUCUGGGCUGAAUAUUGUCUUCAGUCUGAAGAAGGACAAGGUCAAAUAAAAGCAAACGGAGAGAUUCAAUUCAGCUCCUGUUCUGCCAGCUUAAGGAGGCCAGCUGUGGUUAAAUGGGUCAACCACUGAUGUUAAGAUCAAGUUGGUACCUCACUGUGUUAAACUGUCCUUACUCGACCCUAAACAGUCUAUGUAAAUGAGGUUAAUGGAAUACACAGUCCAACAUUAAUGUGGAGGAACCUACAAGGACACAGUUUAAGCGCAGUUUAUUUACUGUUGAAAAGGACUGUUGUUAAGAUAUCACAGAGUCAAUGGUCUCUUAAACACAAAUGAAAUAAAACUGAGGUGGUAAACCUUGAAGCAGCUGUUAACACAAUCAUUUAACACACUGCCUGAGAGCACAUCAAAUAAAGGAGGGUUACAGCACAGUGUCCUUAUGUUCUGUCUUUAUGCUUUGUGGGAAGUUAUAAAGAAUUACAGAAACAGCAAGUAAAACAAGAUUACAUUGAAGAUAAAGGGAUUCAGUGUAAGAGGAAAAAAAACUCAAGAUUCUUUUUUGGCAAAAACAAUCCCUGUUUCCUAAUUGGUUGUUUUUUCAUAGCAACAUAAUGAAUCUAACUGACAGUACUGAAAAGCUACAAAACUUAUAGAGGUCUAUAGGUGUUUAACAAGCUUGGUUUCAUUAUGCUGAGCAAAUUCAACAAAUCCCCUGACAUGCAGCUAGUAACAAAGUGCAAGCAUCAAAUGUGUAAUUUCCAUAGACUGUAUAUAGAAUGGACACAGUCUGCCUCAUCGCUGGUUGAAGCCACUCUGAGAACAGCACCCUCUGGUGACGGGCUGCAGUAUAGGUCAUAAAUCCUGACUUCUCUAGUAAUCCCUCUGGAGCUGUGGAACUUUAGAAAUUAAUCACACAGAAUAUAAUUUUUUCUCUCCCCUGGCUAUGAUGUUGACAUGUAGUUACUGUAAGACUGGUUUGUGCUCAAGUCCUCUUUUUUCUGUAUAGCUCUGUUUUUAAAAGUUAUUAGGGGGUUCAUGUUUUCUAUGAUUGACACUUGAUACAGCCUAUGAGCAUACAAAGAUUGCGUAGCUCACCCGGGGGAUACACUGUCUGAGCAGAGCUUCAUAACAGCGACUCUCACGCCGAAUGCGUACAGUGCUACUGCGCAAGUGGUGGAGUGUGUACAACGCUACUGCGCAAUGUUGGUUUCAGAAAAUGGAGGGAAAUGGCGGAAAUACUGAGAGCUUUUUGGCUUCAAAUCUGUAUACUGGCGGAAGGCGGAACCAAGUUGUCCAUAGAAUAUUAAGUCUUUGGUAAUUUCUGUAACAAGAGAGCUUCACAGCUAGCAUCUCUAAUUUUUAUGGAUAGUUUUAGUAGGGAAUGAUAGUCAAGGCUAGGGUGUCCACUGCAACAAGGACUCCAGCCUCUGUACAGUGAGCACCUGCUCUACGGACUGAGCAUGAACAUAACAUUUAACACAGUUUUUUGAUCUUAAUGAUGUUUCCUGUUGUUUCCAGUUUGUUCCAUUCAGAGACUACAUUGACAGAUCUGGCAACCAGGUCCUCAGCAUGGCCCGGCUGGCUAAGGAUGUCCUCGCAGAGAUCCCUGACCAGCUGCUGUCUUUCAUGAAGAGCCGGGGAAUUGAACCGCGACCAGCCCUCUCUUCCUCGCCGCUACCGGAGCUACACCGACACAUCUGACCCCCUGACGCCUCGAUUCACAGCCUCUCAUCUCUGUUUCUCUCUCUGUCCUCCUCCUUUACUCAUCCACACUCAGCUCUCCUGCAGUUAUUUGUCACUUAAAAGGAGCAGCUGGAUCAACCCGUGACUCGCCCUCUUCCUCUCUUAUCGUCGCUAAAGCUAAACAGGUGCAUUACGCUGACACGGUGGGCGCUCAUUCCUGACCCACCUGCUGCUCUCCCUCCUGAACUCAGCCUGUUACGCUUCACAUAUGCGGCUUUGAAGGACGGUGAAACUGAACUAUGACUGUCCCUCUCCUCCCCUCUUGUACCAUUUAGAGACAGGCAACUUUCUCUUUCUCCUCUUAUCACACGACUUCAUGAAUAUUCUGUCCUGACAAAGUGUUAACACCGGUCAAAUUUGGCAGGAGUCCCAGAAGUGUCAGACACUAGAGUAAACUAAAGAUUAGUCCCCACAUAAACCCUGGAUGAGCAGCUUGUAUCAGGUGCUUUGGGCCUGAUUUCAGCCAAGUCUGGACUGUUCCAGAGUAAUUGGUCACCAUGUGGACAGGUGUUUGUGAUUUAUUCUUUACGACCGUCAUUAUCCUCAGGCUGUGCCAAAUCUCUUGAAACUGAAAAUGGAGGCUGCCAAAACAGUUAGUUUGAUCCUAAAGCUUUCAAACUGAGAAGAGGGACUCCCCUAGAGGAUUUGGAGGAUUGACAGGGGGGUUGUGGAGGGAGAGAAAAUGCCUGAGGUGAAAGGGACAGGUGCAUGCUGAGGCUUUAAAGUUGUUUUUGGCUUGUUUAUAGUUUGGUCUGCUCUUAAAUACAGUUAGCAGUUAGAGCAGCAGCAGUGACACUGACAGUUUAUGAAGACAAAUGAGGUACAAUGAGAAAUGUGCUUGAACCCUUUAUGCAUGGCAUCUUUUAAAAUGGGAUAACACUGGAAAACAUAAACAUGGUACCAUGUCCCCACCUGGUAGCUAACCCUCUAAACAAUCUUUUCUCUCCGUCCCAGAUGUUAUUUUUCUGUCUUUGUCAUUUAAAAUCUUGAAGAAGUUUUUAGAUUCUUAGAAAAUGCACACUUUAGUGAGAGGCCAUGUCGGCGUCUCCCUGCUCCUGCUGUUGAUGUAAUGGAAACUAAUGACACCUCUGUGUUUUUGCAUGGCACUUUUCACUUUAAUGAAUUCCAGGAUUGCUUAGUUUACAAGUCAAAAGUUUUAUGCAGUUGGCAUUAAAAUAUCAACAAAUACUAAACGCAUGUAUAAAAUGUCCUAUCUAUGUAAUUUUGACUCUGGACAUUUUGCACAUGCACUCCAGCAUAUACAGUAUGGUAAAUGGACUAUGUUUGUGAAGUGCUCGCUCUUGUCUUCUGGCCACUCAAAACGCUUAACAUCUCUUUACAUCCACACACUGGCAGACGCUGCUGUUUGCAGAGCCCAUCAGUUUUAGACUAACUCCACUAACAUACCACACACUGCCAAAAGACACUAAGGCAUGUGGAUCAAACCUCAAAACCUCCUUUUGGGAGACGACCGACUCUACCCACUGAGCCAAAGCCACCCCUUAUAUUAAAUUUCUUAUAUAACUUGAGAUCAGCAACUGAAAUUCUAUCAUUUAUAUGAUUUUAAAAGAAUCACAUGACAGUUUGACUAUUUUUGACUUUAUCCAGAUGCUUCAUAUAAAUGUAAAAUCUGGAUUUCCAGCCUAGGAAGUGUUCUGGCAACUUAAACAAUUGUGGACCUAGAUGUUUUGAUCAAUCGUGUGUCAGCAGUCGUUGAUUUUUUGCUGGAAAAAAACAGCAGGUAUGGAGAGCAAAAGCAGCUGGAACACAAUCUGCCUUACAUCUGGGCUCCCAUCAGUUUGUAUUUGACAAUGAUUUGUCAUUGCUACUAACAGAUGUUCUCAUUCAAGUGCACUCAACAAAAUCCUGUUUAAAAAAAUUAACUUGAGCAGCCAUCUUGCCCAACGCUGUGUCACAAAAGCUUGGUUUAGCAUCAGUUGAGAUUCCCUGACUUACAGAAAUGCAUCAGAAAUGAUCAGUCAGACCUCUGUUUAACAAAUAAGUUAUUUGAAAGUAGUUUUCUUUCUCUUCUUGAGGACAGACGGGUAAGAGUUUGCAUUUUUACUGAUAUCCUUAGGACAUUGUUAGACAGCAUAAUUAAAGAAAAGGCUGUUGGCCUUGUCUCCCCUCUCUUUAUUCAAAUCAAAGAUUUGUACAUGGUCAUUAAAUGAUUCAUGCAGAAGAGUUUUAAGGCUCAGUACAUACUUAUGUUGACUGCUGCAGCCCCCACCUGUUCUGAGUCAUUACUCAGUCAAAUCUCCAGCCACUCACAUAUUUUUAAAUGACCAGUUUCUAAGUAUACUAUUUUACGCGUCUCUAUAAAUGCAUUUAAAUUGGCUCAUUAAUCAGCGAAACAACCAGUUGAAUUAAUAACGAGGGGAACAUUCAAGGAGGUUUUUUUGAGUUUUGAUGUCGACGUCACACGGAGAGAAGCAGACAAGUGUUGGCAGGUCUCGUGUGGAGGUUCCGUUCACACACACACACACACACACACACACACACACACACACACACACACACACACACACACACACACACACACACACACACACACACACACACACACUUCUUCAAACACACACCUCUCUCCGCCAUGACACACCCACCCUCUCUUUUCCCAGCAUGAGCUGAGGCCGGGUGCCGAUUCCCCUCCUGCUGUCAGAGAAAUGCCAGUCUCUCUCCGGCUGCCCUGCAGAGAGGAGGAGGAGGAGGAGGAGGAGGAGGAGGAGGAGGAGAAGAAGGAGGAGGAGGUGGAGGAGGAAGGAAGGAAGGCAGAAGGAGGGAGGGAAGGAAGAGGGCAGAGUAAAUGAAAAAGGGGGCGAAGGUGGGAAAUGGGGGAGAGGGAGGCUGGGAAGAAAGUAAUCACAGACAAGGACAAGAGAAAGUGAAGGAGGGAGACAGAGAUGGACAAGGACACAAUGGAGACGAGGACAGUCAGGAGGAAAAGAAAAAUGAGUGACAGCUGAGACGGAGGCCACAGUUCUGUGUUUAGCUUCUAUGCCUGAAAAGUCUGUGGAUGUAUAUUUUUUUCUUGCAAAACACUGAAGGAUACAUGCACACUCUUCAAAAAGCAAUAUACCCGACCCUGUGUAAUGUCUCCCUAUGCAUGCCUCCCCCUUCUCCCUGUCCUCGUCCCCUGCCAUGACUUGACAUUUUAGUCCUUGGCAGACUGGAGUUGUGUAUAAAGUGGGCAAAAUCUGCCACCUAGUGCUCAUCAUAUGUAUAGCAGGGUGUCUUUUAUUAUGCAUGAAAACUGUAAAUUCAUUCACUAUAGCUCACAGAUGCAUGGCCUGAUGCAACUGUCUUCAUUUGUAUUCAGGUACCUGAAAAAUAAAACUGUGUGUUCAUUAUAAAGAAAAGCUGCUGCUGUUCAGCUGUGUUCUCCUGUGAUGUGACUUUUUAAACCCAUUUUGUUGAAGUCAGUGUCGUUUAGCCGCUUAGAGGAGUGUUGUUGCUGUUUUAUGUGUUGUGGAAGUGUACUUGUUUUCUACACUUGUUUUUGCAUGUUGAGCAAUAAAUGUGCUGCACUGUUCAGCUGGUUGUUGUUACUGUAACUGUUAAAAAAACGCUGAUACUCUCACUGAUGGUUAUAUCUUGAAGUGAUAUGCAUUUUUCUUGUCACUGGAAGUGUCAUUUGAAGAUUUCCUGCUGUGUUUGUUCUGUGUCUUGCAGAAGUAGAUAUAAUAUAUUAUUAAUAAGGGAACACCUGUGAACUUAUCAACCAAGAGACUUGUAUUUUUGAUAUUUGCAAUGAUAUGGCCUGUUCUCAGGCUCGUAAAAUAAACAGAAAUGUGAGGUCGUUGAUACUAACAGUACAUAAAAAAAAAGCUUCUGAGGACACUUAAAGAAUGUAUUGUGAUUUUUGUACAAGAGCUGUUUGUCGUUUUGUUUGUCUCUUAUCUUUGUUGUAAGCCCGUGUACACGUGUGUCAUUGUAGCUUAUUUAAUGAGUGAUUAUGGAUUAUAAUUCAUUGUACAUACCAACAAUUAAAUAUGUUUCCCACUCAA